GCGGCCUACAGGUCCCGUGAUGCACCGCAGGCAGAGAGGGUUGAGGAGGAAUUGGAGGGAACUGUGGGAGUUGUAGUUUUCCUUUCACAGAGUACUUGGAAGCUUUCUCCCUUCGCGCGCGCGCCCCUUUCGCUGCCUCAGAGGAGAGUGCGUAGUAAAGGGAGGUGGGGAGAGAGAGGAAAGGAGCCAUUAUCAGUGGGUUGAUUCUGAAGCGAAGGAGUUUCCCAUCAUGCUUAACUCACCUACUUUGGACUUCCAGCAGAAGCUGUGAACUUUAAAUGAGAACAAGUACCUUCCUUAAUUUUAUACAGCCCAGCUUCUCAGGAGAAUUGUUUCGUACUUCUUAUUUUGCCACCGGCGCUGGUUUUAGAGAGCUAUGUGAGAAAGCCUAAAAGUAAGCUAAAUCUGUCCGUGGUUUUUUAGUUUAGGAAGCAAUUCUAUUCACAUUUACCUGUAAUUACGGUAAGCUCCAUGUAACACAAUAAACAGUUAGACUCACCCACUUUCUGAUUUAAAUUAAGUGAGAGGUUUAUUGUUAGGGAUUGAACUUGAUGGAACUCAAACUAUGGUCAGGAUGAAACCAGUUCACUUCUGAUUAUUCACAUGGUUUAGUAUUACAUCUUAAGUAGGCCAAUGGUUUGCUUCGGUUGGUUGUUGGUUUAGUUAACAACAUAGGAGGAGUUUGCUGUUGCAGCCCAUUGACCCCUUCAGUCCAAUGCCCGGUUGAAACAAUUUCCAAUUCCAACCAUUAUUGUUAUUAUUGUUAUUAUUAUUAUUAUUAUUAAAUUAAAUUUCUAUGAGCCUAUGGGAAACAUGAAAGCAGAACCUGAGGGCAACAGCUCACACUCUAUUUGUGAUUCCCAGCAACUGGCAUUCGGGGAUAUUCCUUCCAACAGAGACACCCUGGCUAAAAGCCUUAUUAUCUUCCAUGAAUUUGUCUACUACUCCAACUCAUAGGUUACGUAGUGAGUGAAGAAACAGCCCUUGCAGAACAUGUAAACCCCGCCCCAAGGCAGCUGCUUAUAUCCUGCACUUCACAAAAGAGAAAUUUCCUAAGUCAGGAUGAAUCCAUGUAUGUGUAUGUCUUUAAUGGUGUGCGUGGCUGGAAAACAUGACUAGUAACAGCUUCUUGCUGCAUUUCUACACAGUGAAACGGGCAAUUGAGCCAUCAGCACAUGUGGCAAACUACAAAUGAAACUGAUGUGAUAUCCUAGUGUAAUCAGGAACAAUCCUCCUAAUUAAUAUUUGAGUUUCAGAAUUGGCAUUCCACAGGAGAUAUCCCACUGGUGUUCCUCCCAUAAUACCUUCUGAAUAAAAUUAUAAUAUUUUUAUGAGGGGGCUGCUUGGUUGAUUUGAGCAGGGGUCGGCAACUCAGCAACUAUGGGCCUUCAUUGCCUUCAUUGUUGCGGCAGGCAGGGCCCCCAGAAUCUGAGCUUUAGUAAUAAUAAUAAUAAUUUUAAAAGUUAGGGAACUGUAGUUUAUUAAAGGUAGUGAGAAUUAGGAGACCCCUAUACUGUACUCAGAGCUACCGUUACCAGAAUUUCCUGGAAAGAGAAUUUCUCAGAGCUACCAUUCCCAGAAUUUCCUGGAAAUUUCCUGGCUGUUAUACCAUUCUGAUAAUUCUAUCUCUUGGAGGAGAACAGAGGUUUCUGAACCAAUGACAGUCCCCCUGAUUCUUUGGGGAAAUCCAUUAUUGUUUCUGCUUUAAAUAUAUAGUCCAGAUAGGUAGGACCUUAUUCUAUAGCCCUCCUAGAAAGUAAGUUAUGAAACAAAAUGUACUUAUAGCCUUCUAAACAAUUUCAGUGAAAUUAGCCAGCCUAGCUGCUCAUGCCUGGUUUACUGUAUUAGUGAAGUUAGAUUGAUAAGUGAACUAUUUCAACACCAGGCCACAGAAAACCCUAAACCUAGGGUCUCCCCACCCACAUCCACUUUUGUAAACUUUUUCUGCUUACUCUUAUUUUCUUGUGGUCCUUGGAAUCUCUGUACUUUGCUCCUUUUUCCCAGCAACAACAAUGCAUUAUUCCUAUGGUGGAUUCAUCUGAGUUCAGGAACUUCCUAGCAGUUAUUUUCUGCAAAUAUUACUACACAAUAAGUGCAGGUGAAUGUUAAAGAAUCUUCACUCCAAAUGGCAAAUACAAAAUAUGGAAACUUUUCAAAGAAGCUUAAUGUCUCCUGUGAUGCAAAAGGUGAUGACUAAGGAUUCAUUAAUAAUUAACUUCACUGUAGAGUUAAUGUACAGUAAGGGUAUUCAUGACUACUUCAGAAGUAAGUUUUUGUGUUUAAUAGGGCUUACUCCGAGGUAAGUGGGUACAGGAUAACAGAACAGACUUCAGUUUAAGACUGCCAUUGAAGAAAACAGAGGUAUUGUUUAACAGCUGUAUCUUCAAAAUCAGGACUAGCAAGACUUGGCUAACUUCCUGUGGUAAACGUUACAGUUUUCUGGGUGAAGGGAGAGCAGCAAUGACUGAUCUCUCUUGUUCUGUUUUAUGCUAUGCCCCCCCCCCCACAGUAGCCAUUUGUGAUGUGCCAGUCCCCACCCCCACGCCACUCAUAGCACGCUCUCAAAAUCUGAAGUGUGUCCACUUUUCCACAAGGACUGAUGACCUCUGAAUUAGAUGCUGCUUAUUAUAUAUUUGGCCCAAUUCUGGUUUUGGUUUUGUUUUUGCUUUUUAGGGAUGGGGGAGAGAUUCCAUUCCAUGCAUAUUUAAAGGUAUACCUACCCAAUUCACACUUUUGAAAACAACAUAUAUCACUUUGUGUAAUGUUUUAACUAUACCAAGUUUUUUCUUCUUUUUUUCAGAAAUAUUUUUUGUCUUCACAAGAGCAGCCCGAUGAACUCAAGGAAGCCCUUAGACUUUUGUGAGUAAAUAAGCCUUUUGUUUUGUGAACUGACUCAAAACCAGCUUUUAAUUAUGUGUAACAUUUUAACAUUAUAUUAAAUAGCUUUGCAGUGUUGAUUAAAUACUUCAUAACACUAGCAUGUUUCAAAAAUCAGCAAACUUUUUGCUGCAUCCAAAAUAUUGAGUUCUGAACUCAAUCUGUGUGAUUCAGCCAAAUACAAAUGACUUAAGGAGCACUGCAAAACAAAAAACAAAAACACUUGGCUGUGAAUGCAAGGAAGCACAAUUGAUUUUUCUUUAUACGUCUAUUGACUGGAACUUUCUUUCGAUGACUGGUGCACCGACUAGAAGAAUAGACAAUUAAUAAGAAAGCAAGUGCUUAAAAGUCACCUAGACUUACCAGCUCUGUGUAAUAUGAGGCAAACAUAUGAAGACCCUGCUGGAUUAAGCCAAUGGCCCAUCUAUUCCAGCAUCCUGUUCUCAUACUGACCACCCAGAUGCCUGUGGAAGACCUGCAAGCAGGAACCAAACACAAGAGCUCUCACCUGUGGUUUCCAGCAACUGGUAUUCAGGAUACGGCUUCCCCCUGUGGAAGCAGAGUAUAACCAUCAUGGCUACUAGCCAUUGAUCGUCUCCUUAGGAUGGGGUGGGAGAGCCUCAGGCCCAGGGGACAAAUGUGGCCUUCCAGGAUUCUUCCUAAGCCAAACCCAUUCCUAGUCCUACUGCAUGCUUUUGCUCAGCUGGAAAGUGUCUUUAAACUGUGACAAUGCCUCUUGAGGAUGCUGAGGUGUCUAUGUGUGCACAAUUUUGUAUGACUGGAAUGUGGUCUUGCUUCACCAAUGUUUUUUGGCCUUUGGCUCCACUCAGAACUGGCAUGUGUCCUCCAGCAGGCUCCAUAUGUUGGAUGUAGGAAGGUUCCAUCCAUGGGCUGGAAAAGGUUCCCUACCCCUUCAUUAGAGACACUCAUAAGGGCAAAGAAUUCCAUUAGUUUAUAAAUUGAAGAUGGUCAGUUUUUAUAUUGGUUUUUUCGUGUUUUAAACUUAAAUUGCAUUGGUUUAGAAGGAGAUUAAUAAAUGAAUGGUAAUAAAACAGGAUUCACUAGUAUAGCAACUUUUUUCAGAAUAUAAUAUUUUGUUGCACGUGUGUCACCUCUACUGCAUUAUUCCUGUUGAAGGAACCUCCACAGCUCAUCGUUUUUUGUGCUUUUAACUGUUUUUUCUUAUGUGUAAAUUACAUUGAGACAAUGGUUUUCGAGAAGAAAUUAUAAUAAUGAUAAUUUAAAAACAGGAUUUAUCUGUCAGCUUUUUCAGGAUAUAAUAUUUUGUUGCAUGUGUGUCACCUCUGCUACAUAGUCAAGGACCAGCCUUUGUAUUCAAGCCUGUACCUUUUCAAGAGGUGAGAACAUUCCUAAGCCCAUUGAAAGCAGUGGUUUUAGGAGCACCUAACUCUGCUUGGGAUUGUGGCAGUGCCAGUGGCAGUGGCAGUGCCAGGCAAUCCUAGAGAUAUACAGUUGAAAGUUAGCCUCAUUGAGUUUAAUCAGGCUUACUCUGUAGCAAGGGUGUUUAGGAUUCUAGUUUUAACAGGUUAGCUCUGUGUACACAUUUUGUAAAACAAAUACUAAAAACCUUCAGGCUAUCACAAUGCUGAUCUGUAACCCUUAAAUCCAUAGACAAAUUAUUUUGGCAUUGUCACACCUUGGGGUUCUUCCUUCUCCAAGCUUACUAUUGAUUUGUAAGCAUUUUCUGUAGCGUGAUCAGAAAUGAAAUAUAGUUGCUGUAACUGGUUAAUGGUUCAGUCACGCCUCUUCUGAACCCAAACUCAUAUCUGCCAACACAUUAAAAUCUGAAAUACAUAUUUUCUGUUUCUACAUGCUCACCACCUCCCAACUCAUGUAGAAAUUAUUUCCAUGUUGUUUUUAGAGAUAUGAGCAACAUGCAUGAGCAAGCUUAUGACCUGAAAAUGUGUGGCCUGAUUCUUUGCAUACUUGCUCAGAACUCAGAAGGAAGUUCCAUUAAUCCAAAAUAAUUGCUUCCCUAAUGUUGGCCAAUAGUGCUAAUCACCAGGAAUUUUAUUUCUUAUUACAUUUAUAUCCUGCCAAAGAACUCGAGGUGGUAUACAUCGUUCUCCCUCCCCAUUUUUAUCCUCUCAACAACCCUGUGAGGUAGGUUAGGCUGAGAGACUGUGAACGGCCCAAGGUCACCCAGGAUUUGAACCCUAGUCUUCCAGGUCUUAGUCUAACACUCUAGCCACUACACCUCAUUGGCUUUGUGCAUGUGCUAACUGGAUGGUAAUUGCAGAAGAAUGUAUGAAUGGAAGUGGAAAUGUCUUUCUCCCUGCCCCCAUUUCCAUAAAGGAGGAAGUAACUUUUCCACUGCUUUCCCUUGCAGCUUUCUAAACUCUGAUGGGCUAUAAGAAUAAUUUGGAACAGCUCUAAUGGCCCUAGCCUGCAGUAACAGUUUAGAUCUUGUGAUACCUGACAAGUCUACAAAUAGAUCAUUAAAUCUUUGUAUUGCUGGCAGGAGAACAGGGAGGAAUAAAAUACUAGCAGCAAUACCUCUUUCUAGGAAGCAUUGAGGCUGAAAGUUACACAUAAAACAGAAUUUAAUUUGAACGAACCACAUAGAAGGAGGCUUGUAGUCUGUGGUUUUGGGGCACAGCAUUUUUUAGUUUUUAGCAAAAAGGUUCUAGUUACUAAGGGUUGUGUAGCCAUUGGAAGGUAGGACUUUAGCUAGAAUAAAGAUGCAAGAUCAAUAUGUAAAAUAUAUGAGUUUUAUAUACCACUAAGCUUUUGACCAUAAAUCAUGUAAUUUAGGAAACGAUGCUGUGUGGAAGGACAAUUUAAAUAAGUAAGGGCAUUAUAGUUCAUAGGGAUUUUGUCUCUCCAGGGAAACAUAGAAGAACAGUACAGUCGUACCUCAGUUCUCGAACGCCCCAGAACUCAUAUGUUUCGGCUCCCAAAUGAUCGAAAACCGGAAGUGAGUGUUCCAGUUUUCAAACAUUCUUUUGGAAGCAGGACAUCCGGUGUGACUUCCUGCAGCCAAUCAUAAGCUGCACGUUGGAAGUUGAACAUUUCAGAAGUUGAACGGACUUCCAGAACAGAUUCUGUUCGACUUCCAAGGUACUACUGUAGUUAUGUGGCAGUGGGCAUGGAGUAAGGACUUACAAGAAAUAAUUCCCAGCACCCUUGAGAAAUUGCACAUUUAUUUAAAGUAUAUGCAGCUGCUGAUGGUGGCCAAAUCACUUUAAAAACAAAACUUUACCAGAGAUAAAUUAAAACUAUUUGUUUCAUUACAUCUUACGUUGUAUUUUAAAAUGGCAACAGCAGCAGCUUUACUGGCAUUCUUCCUUGUUUCCUUUGUACAGCAGUUAAUAAUUGCAAUUUGGAUAGUUUACAGAAUCCUCAUGCCCAUUCAUGCCUGUGGUGUAUUUGUCUGUAGAGUGAAUAUUUCUUGUGGAAUCAUGGGUGUGGGCUGUAAACAGCUUUUUGCGCUAGAUUUUCAUUUGCCUCAGGUAUCUGAGUGGGAUGCUUGUUCUGUCAAAUUUGUUGAGACCUCUUUUCCCAUUUAAGUUGAAGAGAGCUUUUUACUUUCCAGCUGCACUAUACUCAAGAUUAGGGAAAGAAUAGAUGAAGGAAUGGGGAAUAUAACUGUUUAAUGCUGCACUUUUAAAGGGACCAAUAUGAACCCAAUAUCUAUUGGGAAUAAAUGGAUCAGCUGGGGCUGCCUUGACUGAAUUACUUCAACCUGGCUCAGCCAGAAAUAACAGUGGUAUAAUGCCUCCAUUCCAGCUCAGUCAAAGCACUCUCAGCUGAGACUAGUGUAAAGCCUGAAAAAAGGAUGCUUUGGGCAGGGGAGACUUACUCCUAUUCCAAACUCUUUUCAGCUUAGUAAUAUGCCAAACCCAUUGGAAGUUACACUAGCAAAAAGGGUAAGUCAAAUGAUUUGUUAGAGGUUUGUUUUCCCUCUGCCGGGCUCACAUACCCUUCAAUAUUUCUCAGAUGAAAAUAGGGACAUCCCAUUCCAUCACAAUAAUUUUACUAUUUAUAUCCCACAUAUCUUACUGGGUUGCCCCAGCCACACUGGGCAGCUUCCAACAUAUAUAAAAAAUAAUAAAACAUUUUUUUAAAACUUCCCUAUGCAGGAUUGCCUUCAGAUGGCUCGGAAAUUGGGUAACUCCCUACCAUCCAACAUUUCUCAAAUGAAAAUAGGGACAUCCUAAGAAAAAGUGCGACAUUCUGGGAUUAAAUCAGAAAGCAGGAUGGCUUCUCUAAAGUACCUCUAAAAACAUUGCAACUUUAAAGCUCUCCAGCUAUCCUAGGAAGCUCUGAGCACCUCGUCUCAUAACUUAAAUAAAUACUGCCCACAAAUAAGAUAUUAUUAUGGGAAAGGGAAAAUAGCAAAAUCAGGCGAUAAAUUGAUUAAAGAUGCUGUAAUAAAUUCAAUUCCUUCACUCUUUUUUUUGCUCUAACAACAUGUUUUAAUAAUUUGCAAGUUUUAUUGCUCAGAAAUCAAUGAAUACAUGAUUUAUUUGUUUUCCCUUUCAGAUCAAGUCAAUCUGUUUCCCCUUUUAGGAUUACUCCCCACCCCCGCUGCCUAAAGAAACAGGUGAAACAACAGCACUUUUGAAAAAUAGGAAAAUGUGACUGUAAAAACUGGCAGGAAUCACUGCAGGUGUUAACUACCUUAUAACAUAUCAAUGUUUUUCUAACCAUUCAGUAGCUAUUAAUGCUAACAAAAUUCUAAUCUGACUCAAAGUGUCCAUAAAUUUAGGGUAGCCAGAGGCAAAAGGGAGUAUGGCUCCUGCACCUUAUUCCAUUUAUUCCAGUUAUUUAUUUGUUACUUUUCAAGGCCAGGCUCUCCCAAAACAAUGCAUAGAGAGAAAUAAAAACAGUAGACUAUCAGGCAGAAUAAGGAGCAUUGAGUGAAUACUGACAAAUAACACAGUGAGAGAAACUGAACUAGAUCACCUAAACUCACAAGACAAUAAUAAAUUAAUAAGGGUUUAUAGAAUGUCAGAAUGGAAGGAGCCAAUCAAAUGUAAUCUGGAAGAGAGUUAGCUGCCACCAUCAAGAUCUUGUCUUCUGACCUUGGCAUGACCUCAAACAGAUCUUAGAUCACAAAUAGGGUCAUUUAUAUGCAGGCAGUCCUUUGGGACCCAAAUGGCUUGGGGUCUUAAAGGUGAAUACCAACACAUUGAAUUGGGCUCAGAAACACCAUUGGCAUUAGUGCAGUUGGCCCAGAAAUGGUGUUACAUCUUCAGACCUUCUGGACUCAUUAUAUAUAACAAUAUUUAUAUCUCGCCUUUCAGGAUGUAAAACCUACCAACAUGGUUACAAGUAACAUUCAGUUACCAUUAUUAUUAUUAUUAUUAUUAUUAUUAAAAAUUAGCAUGUCUGUAACACAUCAAGAUCAUUCCCACAGGGCAGCUGGUAGAAGAUUCUGGUGAGGAGAGGUGAAAGUCCAGCCUGGAGAUUUCCUUCCCUCUCUUCUGAAUUCCCCCCCCCCCCACAGAUCAGUUGAUGCUAAAUUGCCUGGGGGUGGGUUGGAAUAGUCAUCCUGAGCACAGGCCCAUAGUUAAGAUUAACUCAAUUUAGAGUUAGGAUGUAAUGUUAAAACUGACUUUAGUUAAUCAAAAAUAGGCACAAAACUUUCUAAUCUCCUCCUCACAUACCCACUAGAGGUAAGAGACCAUAUGAGUCCAAGACUUUCCUAGGCUUGUUUUCACCACACUAACCUAUGGUUUAAAGUGAUGUCCAAGCAUGGCCAGUGAGAGUCACUAAUUACUUUACCAGGACACCUGUUAUUUGCAAUAGUAGAUCUGAGGAUGCUGACGAUUGCUCCUGCCUAGAACCACACUCACAGAGUUCUCUGGAAGAGACAUGGCUGAUAAAAAUUCAAUACUUGUAGCAUAGACCUCUCUGUUAUAUAUACUGUUAACUCUUGCAUCUAUACAAACUGCUAGUGCAGAUUUUAAAAUAAAUUUAAUCUAAAAUGUCACUUGCCAGAACAUGCAUCCUAUCCAGCUUUUAACUUAUGGGAAAGAAGCAACAGAGUAAAUAACUAGUUUAUAAAUGCAAGCAUUAGCUGAUGUGGUCAGGAUGUGAGAGAAAAAAAUAGGGAAAAUGUCACUUUUGAAGCAAGGGUCUAGAUCUAGUCCCUCUUGAGGGCUUUUAUUACUGUAAAAGCCCAGUUUACCAUGCACAUGCAUGAUAAAAUCUUUGGAUCCCUUGACCACAUUGAGAUGUCCAAUGGAAGGAGGCUGAAUUUGAAGUGAUAUGAAAGUUCUGUCUGGGGUGUGUUUGAUUUGUCAUAGGUCCUGCACAAAGGCAAGUCAUCACUUGAUGCUGCAGACAUCCGAAUAAUAAACAUGCCUGUAUGUGUGAAUCAGCCCAAAAUGUUACAUAGAAUGCCUAAUCUUCUUAUAGUUGCAGUAUUGUAUUAAUGUUUUGAUCCUAGCUGCUUCUUUUGUAAACUGCUUUGUGAGGGCUUGGCCCUAAACAGUGAGAUAAUAGUCUUAACAAAGUAACAUAAAAAUAAAUCUGGUGAUGUUUUCCUGUCACUAUGCUGCAGAAAAAGGGAGAACCACAGCUGUUGAAUUUUCUUUUCUCUACAGUCUUAAAGGCACAGAACUUCUCUAGAGCUUAUUUAACGUGUGUGCCUGUCUAAGCGUACCGUAAUUAGCACCCCGAUGAGUGCCAGAAUAUUUGUAUGUGUUUUGCAUACCAGACAAAUCUAUACAAAACAAAAUGGGAACACACGUCUAUCCGAGAGUCUGGUAUGAUUUGCACUCCUGUCGAAAUCCUGGCUAACCUCUGGAACAUCCAAACAGUUCUGGCUAUUGACACAUUCUACCCUGAGCACCCUGUCCUGCUUAGUGAAGCCCGUUUGGCUCCCUGAUAUAGUCCAGAGCUUAUGGUGAGGAAACAAGCUGGGAGACGAAUUGAACAUGAGUGGAGGAAAACUCCAGUUGAAUGCGAUCAAAUGCUGGUGAGGGCUCAUCAUUGAGCCUAGUGGCAGUGAAGGCAGCAGAGAAGCUUCCCUGCUUGCAGAGCACGCUCCCCAAGGAGGUUUGCCUGGUACCUUUGUUACAUACAUUUAGGUGCCAGGCAUAAACAUUCCCCUUUUCCCAGGCCUUUGGCUAAUUAAACAAUCUUUGGCCUUUUAAUCCAGGGGGUUAUUAUUGUUAUGUUUGUUACUAUGCUGUGUAUUUGUUUGUUUUUAUAUUGUAAACCACUCUUGUGAUUCUUAGAUGAAGGGCGGUCUAGAAAUUUUGUCAAUAAUAAUAAUAAUAAUAAUACUUUACAGUCUAACAAGUACCUACAACCUUACACUUCGUACAAACACAUGGACAACCUUUUUUCUACUUAUUUAUUUUUGAUGAGUCCUCUUGAGUGGUUCACAAAACUUUGUAAAAGUAUACUAAAACAUAUUAAAUGUUUAUUUCAAAAUAAGUUGCACUUAGGCUGUGCAGACACCAUGUAUUUAAAGCACAUUCCAUCCCUCCCCCCAAAAGAAUCCUGUGAACUGUAGCUUAUUCUUCACAGACCUACCGUUUCCAGCACCCUUAGCAAACUACAGUUCUUAUUGUUCUUUAGAGUGCUUUUUAAAGGUUCGUACAGCCUCAGUUCAGUGGGGCUUUCCAAUGGAGUCUUCCAAGGUAUGCAUGUAACAGAGCUCCAGGCCUCUAGGGACACGUAUCCAAGUUCAGCUGUUCCUGGAUUUUCUGGUUCUGUUACUGAGUAUGAACAGACAUUGGUAAAUUUGUUAGUAACCAGGUUCUUAUCUUCUGCUGCUAUUAUAAUCAGGGAAGUACAUCUCCUAAUGAAGGCUUUGUGUGAAAAAUAGGACAGAACUCUUGCACCUAUAAUAAUUAAGUAGAAAUGGAAAUGUAAUUGUGUGUAUCUUACUCACGUAAGCCACUGCUUCUAAAAUUCCUUUUGUUCAGUACAACUAUUAAAGGUGCAGGAACUCGGUCUGAUUUUUAUCUGGUCACUUUAACUUACAUUGACAAAUUUAACAGGACAUCCCUCCAACAAAAAUAAAACAGGGACAGUAAUUUUCCAGGGACAGGUUACAUAAAACAGGAACUGCCACUGGUUAAUAGGGGUCACUGGAACAAACAGGGAUGGUUGGCUCAAACUACAUGAGAUGGCAGAACAUCUAUUAGUGUGAACUGAAAUAUUCCUUAGCCACAGAGUGGAGAGUAGAAGACCUGUGUGUUGGUUAGUUGGUUGGUUUUUAACAGGUGUGUAAAGAAUUUCAGCAGAUGUAGUUUUCAUAACAACAGCUUUACCUGCUUAAAUCCCUGCUUCUACAGAACUAUUAAAGGUGCAGGACCCCACCCUCUUUUGCACCUGGCUAUCCCACCACACCUGUUUGCCUGAUGUCAACCCCCCCCCCCCAAUAUAUAUGCUGGGCUGCUAUGUAGGAAGCUUGCCUAGCUGGAAGGAAAACGCUGGGGGUGGAAUCAACAACAAGGACAUGAAGGAGUGUCCAUAGGCCCCUCCCAGCAUACAUAUUUUGCUGUAAAAUCAGACUCCACAAUGUCUUCCUCGUAUGUGAUUGUGGUAGACCCACAAUUAAACAGACAGGCCAUUGUCCUGUAUAAUUUGAGCUGAAGCCUGUUACUUAGACUUGUGAGCCACCUGAGACUCAGAUAGCUAACCUGGAUGGCUUUGAAAGAGGAUACAGCAAAUUCAUAAACGAUAAGGCUACUAGCCAUUAUUAUCUCCACGGUCAGAGGUGGCAUGCUUAUUCUGAGUACCAGUGUCUGGAAACAGCUGGAAGGGAGAGUGCUCAGCUUCUGCUUGCAGGCUUUCCAUAGGCAUCUGACUGGCCAUUGUGAGAACAGGAUGCUGGACUAGAUGGAUCAUUGGCCUGAUUCAGGCCUUUUCCAUUCCUCUGGCUGUUUAUCCUUAGGCCUUAGAGCCCUUUUCAGAGCCUUAAUGAGCUUUAACUGCAUUGUGACAGAAAACAUUUUCUAGAAGACAUGAGCACAUACAAACACCCACAAGCUAAACUAGCAACUUUUCCAGAAUUUCUAGUUUGUUCCUCUGACAGAACUACUGAGUGCCCAGAAGACUGUGCCACUGUGAGCUGAGUUAGCUCCAGCUUCACCUUUGGGCACCCUAUUGCUACCCUACAACUGAGAUGUUUUGUCGUGAUACACCACAAGCCAAAUUAACUCUGCCAUGGUGUACAUAUAGGCACAAUCAGCUCAGAAUGGGCCAAAACAGCUCCAAGUCAACAUUGCACAAGCUAAGCUUUUCUUGCAUAUGGUAUACACUGCAGUGUUUGUGAGUACAGGAAAGGCCAUAGCUCAGUGGUGGAGCAUCUGAUUUUAUGCAGAAAGCUCCAGGUUCAAUCCCCAGCAUCUCCAGGUAGGGCUGGAAAAGAUUCCUGACCAGAAACCUGGAGAUCAGCUGCCAGUCAAUGUAGACAGUUCUGCACUAGAUGAAACAAUGGCCCCACACACUAUAAGAAAGCUUCUUAGGUUCCUGUGUACUGAGAACUGCAAUAAUUUGUGGCUAAAAUUAUUUAAUUGCUAGCAAACUUUUCAACACCAGAGUCACAGGCCUCUCCAAUGUAGUUCUUGUUCUUGUCAAGCAGUUGAGUCAACCCAUUGUAAAGUUUCUAGGCCAAAGUGUGUAUAUGUGUGUGUGUGUGUUUUAAAACACAGGUGACAAGAAACUGUGCAAGUAUUUUAAAUAAUGUACUAACACCUAUUUUUGAGACAUUUAUUUCGGAAGCAGCUCUGAUUAAACUCAAGUGUUUCCAUAGAAAUAAUCCUGUAACCAUAGGCAAUUUUACAACUGUUACUGGUAGAUCAGCAGCAUCACGCUCAACUGAAUUGCCUUUCACUUCUCAGCAUAAAUCAGAGUCAAUCUUAUCAGCUGGUUCCAGCAUAAAUCCAGCGUAACUGAGAGGAGAAGCAGACUGUUCAGGGUGAAAAAGCAUUGAUGGGUUUUCCUUAUGUUCAGAUAUCAUCUUCCAAGCUGUAUUUAAAUAUGUAAAAUACAAAUAUACAUGAUGCAUAAGCUCCAGAUAUAUAUAAUUUAUAUUGUAAUAGUGCUUCACUGUAGAUUAGGAUAGGAAGCCUAUGUGUCCGUUCUUGGGAGUAGGCUAUAUCGACUAUAAUAGGACUGAGUUUUGAGUAAACACAUGAAGGAUGAGACUGCACGUGUCGUGGACUUGGCUUGUUAAUGUCCAUGGGUGGCUACCUUUUUUGGGUGUGAGGGCUUCAUCAUACAGGAGUCACAUGCCAGUGGUCAGUAUGGUCAUCACAGACAGGCAUGUUCUCUCCCAGUCUCACACACAAACACAAGAUGCACAUAGGCAGACACAAACACAGCACCCUUCCUCAAUAGCUCCAUGAAGAACAGAUGUGGGGUGUUAUUGCCCCCUCACUGCUGAUCAAAUGACUGAUCUAAUGACCAGGGAGAGGGCAAUUUACACCGCCACCCACCCACCUCCAUGCUGUAUUUACCUACCCCUUUCCCUCUAUAUUUGCUGCUGCUCCAAAAUCCAUGGGGUCUUCAGGAACCUGAACAAUAUAUGGCAGUGAACAAAGCUGUAUUGUAACUUUUGAAUAAAUGGGCAGGAGUCUUGAUAGAAUAAAGUUAUAAACUCAAACAAAAAAGCAGCCAGGCCCUGGCAGGGCCCACUGGCCAGCUUAGCCUUCUGAGGUCCGGGGUAAGUGUACCCGGCUUUCCCCCACCCUCUGCAUGGGCCUGAUAACAGUGGUUGCCAGUGGGUAUACAGUGGUACCUUGGGUUAAGAACUUAAUUUGUUCUGGAGGUCCGUACUUAACCUGAAACUGCUCUUAACCUGAAGCACCACUUUAGCUAAUGGGGCCUCCUGCUGCCGCCACGCUGCCGGAGCACGAUUUCUGUUCUCAUCUUGAAGCAAAGUUCUGUAACCUGAAGCGUAUGUAACCCGAGGUACCACUGUAUUUGGAAUUUUUAGGAAGUACCUUGGACACCAGUCAAAAAAUGGCUGCUGUAUAUGUAUAUGUAUGUGUGUAUGUGAAAAUUUAUCUUCAUUUUAGUGCAGAUUUCUCUUAGUAUACACAUGCUUGUAUGCAGUUUUGCCCAAUAUCCACAUUUUAGCAAAGCCACCUAAUGCAACACAAAUUUUAUAUUAUUUUCACUAAUAUAUACAUUUUUAUGCACACUAUACCCUCAUACACAUUACUUUUUGAUGCCCGCUAAAAACACUUUUGUUUAGAAAAGUCUACCCAGAUACUUAGGAAGCUGAAGUAAUUUUAAUUUGUUUUAGUAUUUUAACCUUUGUAUUUUUAAAGUAUAGCUAUAAUCUUUUCUUGAUUUUAUUGCUUUAUCUUUUUGUAAACUACUUUGAGGUCACACCCAAAUCUAGUGGUAUAUAAAUUGAAUGAAAUAAAAUAAAUGACUAUAUUACUGAGCUGGAAACCUGCAUUGCAAAAUUUGAAGUUGAGCAAAUUCAAAAGAUGACUGUGUUGGUCCAUGUAUUCUUUCAGAAGGUGCAAAUUAGGUAGCUUUGCCUUUAAAUGUGAACUGUGUCGACUUUUUCCUCCAUCCCUAGCCUGAGUCCUUGGGAAAUUUCUGCCACUCACAAGUCAAAUCUUGAAUUGCAGAAUUUAAUUCUCUUGUAUCUCUUUCAGAACUUAUACUGAAUUAGCUCAAAAGUUUAUUUCGAGGAUGUCUCACACUGGCAUACAUGGACUGGUGACUCACCAAUAUAAGAGUGAGGCAGCUCUUUGUUUUAACCCACAUUUACAGACUUAUCCAUGAUGCCAAACACAGGGAUAUGUAGAAGCCUCUAAAUUACACCAGGAAGGAACACUAAGUAAGGAACAUGUGAAGCUAUAGAAAUGAAUUUCAGACUUUCUGCCUGUAAAAUUUUCAGACUGCCUACCUAGGCCCUAGGGCAAUACUUGCAGAAGAGACAACUCCCUAAGUCUGCUUUAUCCUGAUUUGACCCCACAGUAGAGCAGAGCUUAAUUUUGCAUUGAUUAUUUCCAUUUAGUUUGCUGUAAUAAUUUUGCCACGUCAUGAUGAUAUAACUGCUCUUUCUUGAUAAAAGCAAACUAAUUGGCAACAUGUCAGGAUUUUCCUUUCUGAAUAUGUUAAAAGUACCCCUCCAUGUGAUUCCCUCUCCCUAACUUCAAAUGAAAUGGAGCAGAGAUGCAAAAACUAAUGCCCGAGAUUUGUGAAAAGUAAAAUGAACGUAGUUUUAAAAGUGUUCCUGGCAUUUUCAUGGAGCAGAUCUGCAGCACAGAUCUCCUCAAACUGCAUGGAAGAUGGAAAGGAUCCUGGCUCUUCGGCUAGGUUAUGAAAGAUUCACCACAAGGCAAUUCAACCCUGCAAUUCAAGACUUGUUUGUAUGUCCUCUCCCCCUCUUUUCCACAUUGCAGACAGUGGUGACAGUGGAGUAAAUGGGGCACUGCCCCACAGUCAAUCUGCCUUCAGCCAGCCUUCACCUGCCGGUCUUUGUACUAACAACCAGUCUGGGCAGUGGCACUGGCUGUCAGCCUUCUCCAUAUUAAGCUCAUCGUUGCCCUUGUAGAAAUCAGCAGGGAGGAGGAUGGGGACAACUUUAAUUGGCCAUUUCCUUUUUUUGAAGGCUUAUCUAGACCAGAUGGCAGCAGUUGUGAGUGUUUAUCCACUCAAAACUGACCCAGUCAUGCAAAAUUAAGGAAGCAGUGGGUGAGUUCAGUUUUAAAAGCAAAAGGAGUACACUGGCCAGAAGAGCAGACCUUCUACCCCAACUGCCACCCUCAUCCCCAUACUAUGGCUUAGCUCCCUGCAGUCAAUGCCACUUCCAUUCUUAGAGCUCAUAUGAAAAGAUUCCGGGGGGGGGGGGGAGAGCUCUCAUAUAACAUAGUGCUCCCAUCACAGAGCUUCCCUCUUGUAGGCAAAGAUGAAAAUAACAUUUGUACACUCCCCCGCCCCGCCCCCAAGUGCUUACAUUUAUGCAUGGGGACAUUUGCAAUGCACACUUUUUACUGUUACCCCUUGUGCUUUGUCAGGUGGGCUUUGGGACAGAGGGUGACCCAAGGGAUUAAUGUGACAAGAAGGGCAUUGGGAGGUCCUGCUACAUGCAUACUCAUAAAAUCAUAGAAUUGUACAGUUGGAAGGUACCCCAAGGAUCAUCUAGUCCAACUGCAAUGUAGGGAUCUCAACUAAUGCAUCCAUGACAGAUGGCUUAGAAACCUCCAAUGAAGGAGAGUCCACCACUUUCCGAGGGAGGCCGUUCCACGGUUGAACAGCUCUAAAUGUCAUAAAGUUCUUCCUGAGAUUUGGUCAGACUCUCCUUUCUUGUAACUUGAAUCCAUUAGUUCAGGUCCUACCCUCUGAAGCAGGAGAAAACAAGCUUGCUCCACCUUCCAUGUAACAGCCCUUUAGAUAUUUGAAGAGGACUAUCAUAUCUCCUCUCAGUCUCCUUUUUUCAAGCAUUCCUCGUAAGGCUUGGUUUCCAGAUCCAUGAUAAUCUUGGUCGCCCUCCUCUUCACAUGUUCCAGCUUGUCAAUAUCGUUCGUAAAUUGUGGUGCCCAGAAUUGGACACAAUACUGCAGAUGGCAAGGCAGAACAGAGUGGUACUAUUACUUCCCUUGAACUGGACAUUAGACUUCUGUUCAUGCAGCCUAGAAUGGCAUUAGCUUUUUUUUUUUUUUUUGCUGCUGCUGCAUCACACUUUUGAUUCAUGUUCAGCUUGUGGUCCACCAAGACCCCUAGAUCAUUUUCACACAUACUAUUAGAAAGCCAGAUGUUCCUCAUCUUAUAUUUGUGCAGCUGGUUCUUCCUGCCUCAGUGUAGAACCUUACAUUUGUCCCUAUUGAAAUUCAUUUUAUUAGCUUGAGCCCAGUUCUCCAAUCUGUUCAGGUCAUUUUCAAUUCCAAUUCUGUCUCUGCAGCAUUAGCUACCCCUCCCAGUUUGGUGUCAUCUGAAAUUGGAUGAGCAUCCCCUAAAUUUCUUCAUCCAAGUGGUUUAUAAAGAUGCCCCACUUGCUAUUUUUUUCUAGGAUGAAGAGGAAUCAUUAGUGACCAACUCUUUUGGUUCAAGCAGCUACAAAUCCAUCUAACAGUUACCUCUUCCAGGCCACAUUUUACCAGCUUCUUCACAAGAAUAUCAUGGGGGACUUUGUCAAAAGCCUUACUGAAAUUAAUAUACAGUGGUACCUCAGGUUAAGAACUUAAUUCGUUCUGGAGGUCUGUUCUUAACCUGAAGCACCACUUUAGCUAAUGCGGCCUUCUGCCGCUGUGCCACUGCUGCACGAUUUCUGUUCUCAUCCUGAAGCAAAGUUCUUAACCCGAGGUAAUAUUUCUGGGUUAGCGGAGUCUGUAACCUGAAGCGUAUUUAACCUGAAGCGUAUGUAACCCAAGGUACCACUGUACAUCUACAGCAUUCCCCUGAUCCACCAAGCUUGCAAUCUCUCUAGUACAGGCAUGUCCAACCUGCUGAUUGCGAUCUACUGGUUGAUCGCGGGGCAUCCCUGGCCAAUCCUAGCCAAUCGCGUGAGCCUGAUUGAUCAACCCAAAAAUGAAACAAAAAACAGAAAAAGCUCAACAACUUUGGUGAAGCCUUCCCGCAAGAAACUCAACAACUUUGGAUCUUCCUUCCUCCAAUGGGUAGAUCACUGACAGUUUAUAUAUAGUGGGAGUAGAUCGCAGUCUCAUGGGAGUUGGACAUGCCUGCUUUAGUACCCGUGAGUGCAGCUCAUCAGGCCCUGAAGAUUUGGAUUAAUUUAAAGUAGUUAGGUGUUCCCCUAUCUCCUCUUUUCCUAUCUUGGGCUGAAGUUACCCCUUGUUAUCACCAGGUUGGGCACCACUUUACUUUGGGGUGAAGCCAUAGAAUUGUAAAUGGAGCCCCGAUCUCUGAACAACUUCCCCAAAACUUGUGAUUUUGCAUUUCAGUGUUCAGCUUUCAGCAACUGCACUUGUCAAAUAGCAAUACUGAGAUUACUCAUUAAAGGAUUUGACAGCAAAUAUGAUUUUUUAAAAAAAUAUUAUGUCAAAUACAAUAAGGCUGUUUCAUUCUUGUCUGCAGGGCAAACAUCUUGUCAAAUACUGUACAUGUAAAAAUGUCAGCAUGAAUGAAAUACACAAAACAAAUACACUACUGCUAUCUGUCUGCAUGGUACUUCAUAACCAAAUAUGACAUUUCUAUCCUACUUUUUCCUCCAAGGAGACCAGAGUAUGGGGUCCCUAGGUAGUCUCUCCUUAAGCAACUGGCUAUGCUAACCUGCUUCUCUGAAUUAUUAUAUCAGGUGGCUUCAAAUACAGUGGUAUCUCGGGUUACAGAUGCUUCAGGUUACAGACACUUCAGGUUACAAACUCCGCUAACCCAGAAAUAGUACAUUGGGUUAAGAACUUUGCUUCAGGAUGAGAACAGAAAUUGUGCUGCGACGGCGCGGCAGCAGUGGGAGGCCCCAUUCGCUAAAGUGGUGUCUCAGGUUAAGAACAGUUUCAGGUAAAGAACAGAUCUCAAGCAUGAAUUAAGUUCUUAAUCCAAGGUACCACUGUAUACUUAUGGGCCCAGAAAAUCAUUUGAAUAUCGUAUGUGAAAAUCCUGAUUCCUUUCCUCUCUAACAGCAAAGAAAAAAAGUUUAACGAAUCCCAGCCUUUAAUUUUCUGCACCACUCCUUUCCCAUAACCACUUUGAUCUUUUUUCAAUUUAUGCUUUGCUGCAGGAUAAUCUGGAAAAAGAUCUUCUGUGCUAAUAUCUCAUCUCUUUUUAUCUCUCUUCUCAGCCCCUAGAGCUAAUCUCAUUCAUUUUCUAUAGCCUUGUGCGUGAGAGAACCCAGGGCUGACUGAGAUUUACAGCAGUAGGCUUGCAGUAACAACAAUGAGCAGGUAACACCAGAGGUGCAACCCUCUGAUCCCUGAUCACAAUGUCACAGGAUGGUUGGCAAAGUUUUGCCAUUACAGAACUGUCAGCCUAGCUUCCAUUCCAGAUAAUUUGGUAAAAUUCACUGUUAAAGCUCAAACUGUUAAAACACACAGAAGAACAAGUCUUCCUGAGGGUAAAUCAGUGUGGCCUCUGCCAACAUUUUAGAAUUCUUUACAAGUGUCAAGCCUCAAAUACGUAGAUAGGAGCAAUCUGGUAGGUGUUACCUGCUUGGACUUCCAAAAAGUUUUUAUAAAGCCGUUCACUAGAUUCCUGAACAAAUUUAGUCACUAGAUAAGUGGACAGUCCUGCUCAUGGUUGGUAGGAAUAGGAAGCAGAAGAUAGUUGUGCUGUAGUAGUCUGAAGUAACAACAAGGCUUAGACAGGGUUUUAGACAGUUUAACUACUAUCGUUGGAUGGAGUUUGCCGAAAUGCAGGAGGAGUGCAGAUGUAGAAAACUGGGCAAGUCACCCUGGAGGAGUGUUUAGGGGUGGGGCACGGUCAAUUAUAUUUGCUAAUCAAUCAUUCCUAGCAGGAAUUCUAGGCUAAGAAGAGUAAACAGGGCAAUGGCAUGCAGGGCUGAGUUAAACUAGAUUUUUGUCUCUGUCUCUUUUGGGUAUGCAAAUAAACAAAGACACAACUAGAGAUCAAUAGCUGAAUGAAGGCUAUGUACACACUAUACAUUUAAGUACCCCCCCCCCCAAGAAUCCUGGGGACUUUACCUUAUUAAGAGUGCUAGGAAUUGCAGCUCUGUGAGGGGUAAAGUACAGUUCCCAGAAUUCUUAGGUGGAAGCCAAGUAUUUUAUUUAAACGUAUGGUGUGUACACAAUGGAACACCCGUAUAUGCACCAAGACAUUGCCCCAAUUUCUCUCCUUUGUAUUCAACAAUUAACACAACACAUCUCUCCAAAGCUAUCCAUGUAUAUCUGGAGGACAUUUGUAAUACUGACAAAAGUAAUAGAAUCAUAGCCAAAGGGCAUAGCAGUCAUUUCCCUCCAUUUUGUGUGUUUGUUUGGCUGAAGCUUGAAGGCUUCUGUUCAUUUUUUUACCCAGCUACUUUUGCACACUUGCUGGCAUCACAAUGCAUAAAUAACAUACAAAAUUCACUAAAUAAAUGGGAGACAAGGGAGAGGCACUUGCCCCUGUCACACUUUGGCCUUCUCUGUGUGAAUGUAGACAUCAGUCAGAGACUAUGAUAGGCUUCACCCAGCCCCACCUCAAAUCCUUUCCAUCACUGGGUGAAAAAAAUAUUACUGAAUCAAGUAGAUUUUUUUUUUUUAAUUGUUUAUCUUACUCUUUUCCCUACAUACAGACUAGAGCAUAGUGGUCAAAGUGUCAUGAGCCGAACAACAAUGUAACUGCAGAAACAGGAAACGCAGUACAUGGAACGUAAGAUCCUUAUCUGUUAGAUGGUGACAGACGUUGGGUUUAGGAAAGUUACCUAAUCUGAGCACUGACAGCUUUUAUGAUGCCAUGAGAAAGGAACAUCAAAAGCUCUUAUUCAACAAAUAGAGCCCUGCAUUCCACAAGCAUUUGUCAGCCAUUUUCCAAAUUGCCCCAGUGAUUUCUCCUUUAUGUAUGUCAUACUCUCAUGGCAGAUUCCUUCCUAAUAGCAAUAGUCUCUAAUGCAAUAAUCCCAAACAGUCCCCAGUGCCCUUUCCUUUAACUGCUCAAGCGCAUUUUCCCGUACAUUAGAAAACAGAACUCCCGAUAUCUUAAAGCCUAAAUACAAAUCUAGCCCACACUCUGCAGGCCACUUUCAAUAUCAGAUAAAGUAAUAUGACAUCAGGUGAUUAAAUUUAAAAGGAAGACUCUUCUGACAAUGAUGAUUCAGGCAUGCAGGUACCAGAUCAGUAUUGCCCACUUUUGGAAUCCAUGAACUCCUCCUUGGGGUGAUUGUGGGUAGAUUUGCUGAUUGCAGCACAGUAAAACAAAAUGUUUGUCCCUGGCAGUAGAGUGUACUACAAAAACCUUUCCUCCAUGGUUUAUUAUCCCAGAUAUCCACCCCUAACCCAUUUGCUCUCACAGUGGCCAACCAGAUGCCUGUGGUAAACCCAGAAACAGGAAUUGAGUGUAACUGUUCUCUCCCCACUUGUGAAUUUCAGCAACUGAUAUUCAGAGACAUACUGCUGUGGAGGUAGUAGAUGGCUAUUAGCCACUGAUAACUUUUUCCUCCUUUAGUUUAUCUGAAGUCCUCUUAAAGCCAUCUAAUUUGGUGUCCAUCACUAGAGAUAUUAUGACCAGGCCAGCAUCAUCCCCUAGUGAACUGCAUGGCUGCAUGGGGAUUUCAUUCUUGGUCUUCUUCCCUAUCCUUGUCCGUCAUUUUACCCACUACUUAAAAAACAUGCCCACACAUUUCCAUUGAUUUUUAAUUUCAUUUUACCCACUACUACACCGCAGGUGGGCAGAAGUUAGAUAAGGAUCUACUGGCAGAUAUCUGGGUAAAUUAAAGAAGACUGGCAAGUAUUUCUGAUGAAGAAAGCAGGUGGUGGUGGCUAUAACCAGGAGUGGGUUUUGUGGGGGAGGACUAUGAGCUCAGUUUGGUUCUGGCACUUAACAUAAAUUCCUGGGCUCAUAGUAUUUUUGAUUCUAAGUGCAUGCCUUUUACAUCUGGCUCUGGUUGGUGAAUAUCAGGAUUCUAGUAAAAUAUAAAGUAGGUUCUGCAAGCCUGAAGUUGCCCACUCCUGCACUAUACCAUCCCAGGUGGAUUUGCAGCUGCAUGCCAAAAUUCAGAGGCGUCCUUUUGCUGUGCCCAAGAACUUGUUCAUGUCUAGCAAAACUUUAGAACAGCAGCACCUCCUCUCCCCACCAAUGCCUAAAAAACACAGUGCAGCAAAUUGCAUUUUUAAUUAUUCCAUUUAAAAGUAAUCUGUUCAAUUGCAGGGAAAUUGGAAAAAGAAAAAAGUCAUAAGGCAUUUGGAGCUGUCUUUGCAGUUCCUUGGAUUGUGUCCAUCACUAGAAAGUUUCAUCUAAAUUUACCUCCCUGCAACAUUUAAUACGAACUGUUGUGAUAAAAUUUGUAAUUUAAUAUUUAUUGGUCAACAAAAGCAAACAUCUUAUCUUAUUUAUUUUUUUAAACGAGUUGCAACAACGGAGCUAUGUGAGAUGAACAGAUAAUUAUCCUGACAAGAAAAACUUCCCAUGCCCCCACCCUGUCCCACAUCUGAGCAUGAUGAAAUAAAUCAAGCAUUAUGUUGUUCAUAACUGGAAAAGAGAUCAUGACUAGCAUUAUCUCAUUUACUAUUCAGUUUGUUACCCACAGUUGGACUGACUCAGAGCUAUUUGGCACAGAAGGGUUCAAUUUGCAAAUUCCUGAGCUUUAAGGUGAAUUAACUCCCAGGAAUGCUCUUGAGAGACACAGCUUUAAAUGGUGGCCAGAAAUCAUGACACUGUUCCAGCAGAGGUUGUCCAUGGAUUCAUCUGAAUUGACAUAACUCUCCCCUUUAAAUGAUAAAGCUUGUAUGUGAUAUUGUACCCUUGUCUUGCUUUAACUUGUGAGCUUUAUUCCGCUCUUCUAGGUCAUAAUCCUAAUUCUCAUCCAGUUUAAGAAUCUUGGUUCUGAGCUAUAUUUUAAUGGGAAUACUGAAAUUCAUGUCUACGUAUGUGCCCCAGGAGUCCCUGUUUACUGGGAACAGUUCCCAUUUUCCCUGUCCCUGUUCCUCUUGUUGUUUUUUGGUUUCGCCCUGUUGACAUUUUUGUCUGGGUUCUGACACCUAAACAACCUGCAAACAAAUCAGAAUGAAUGCAGGACAAAUGCUCAUUGGCAUAUAACCACCCUGCAAACAAAUCAGAACAAAUUCUCAAUAAAGCCUGAAGCUAUGCAAGGAAAUCAGCAUGAAUGCUCAACAAACAGGUUGUCUUUACUCCACUUGAAUUGUGCAAACAGCUCCAGCAUCCCACCCACAGGAUAGUAGUAGUCUGAAGGCACCACCUGGAGUGUAUGUAUCUUUAGCCAUGCUUCUUGAAGUUAGCUCAGAGAGUGGAUCUGACUUUCUUUCACCAGGUAGUUCUUACCAGCACCCUGGCAUGCUUUGGGCCCCACCAUGGAGUACUCUCUCUCUCUUUGUAUCGCUGUAUCGGUCUCCAGAUUGUCUGCUGUCACCACCUCCUCUGCUAUACACAAACCAAGUCCAAGCUUCUUGGAUCUGAGUUGAUGUUUACCUCGCCAUCUGCAACAGUAGUAGUAGUAAACCCUUGGCAGAGGGCCCCCAGUGUCACAUUCAGCCUUUCGACACUUGCAGCCAUGCUGGGUUCCAGCCCAGAGUCCUUGAAAGUUUCCAGCAUUUGAAAUGUAGUAGCCCUUCUACUCCAUUUCCACACCACUCGAAGCCAAAGGAAACAAAAUAAACAAACAAACAAGAGGGAGCCGGCUUGGGUCACCUUAGGUGGUCUAUAAACAACCUCUCCAGCCUCAGCAGUCCUGCUUUCCAGCAGCUCUUUCGACCUCAAUCUGACACUUACUUCAGGAACCGAUGAAGCAAUGCUUGUUUAAUUCAGACAAGCAAACAGAGCAAAGGGGAGGCAAGAUCGCUGAGGAUUACCAUAUGAAUGGACGCCUUUUCUUUCCUUUGGGCCCUGCUUGAAAAAAGUGUUCUUUCUCAUGUAAGACGCAGCUCUUGAAAAGCCAUGCAUCACAUACAGAUAUUUAGGAAAUGGUGCCUGGGCGCCCCUAACCCACAGAAAAGCAGUUUAAUAUGCUGCUGGGGCAGCAGCCCCUUUCACAUAGUGGGCAGAGAGGAUGGGAGAAGCAAGGGCAUUUCAGAAUAACAACAGAGGGGAAUACAGUCUUGAGUCAGCUGACAGCCUAAUUUAAAACACCCUUUCUGGAAGACAUACAUUUUUAGCAGACUUGUCCACUGGCUCAACAGAUCUGGAAGGGAAUGUUGUUUGGCAGAGUUUCAAGGGAUGACCUCAUCUGAACACUUGAUACUAUGGUGCUUCUCUCCCUGCUCCUUUUAUUUACAGAGGCCAUGAUAUGGCCAUUCCUGUGGAGCCUGCUCUGCUUCCUAACCUCACUUUAGUUUGUUGUCCUGAAGACUCAAGAGUAAGCAUUGUCAUCUGAGAAGGGAUUCACAGAGGGAUCUUUUGCAGGCUCUCAGAUGGGAAGAGUCACAGGGCAAGGCAGGUCUUUAGAGUAUAAUUGCCGUGGUAGACCUAGAGAACUCACCAGUCACGAAGCUAGACAAGAACUUUUUUGUCUCUCUUAAAGAAAAUCAGAAUAGAUGCAGGAAACACCUGACUCCGCCCAGAUGGAAUUAACUCCAGUGCCACCUAGUGACUCACUUAUAUAAUGACACUAUCCACACUAUCACGGAAUAGGAAAGAGUGGAAUUGCUCUGGCUAAAGAGCCUGGCCGGACCUGGAAGUUUUACAAAGGUUAUGUUUUUUCAUAUGGUUCAUAUGAUGUUUAGAUGGCUCUUGCAGGUUUGGUUUGCCUUCCUGCAUCCCUUCCCGCACCCCCACUUUGCUGAGUGGCAACACAAUUUUCAGGAAUGUUAAUGCUUGAACUUUGACACUUGCCUGACUUCCUCACUGCAUUAUUUUUUGAAUAAAGGAGACCCUCCAGUGUGUUAGUGAAGCCACUGAUAUCAUGCAGAUGGAGUCCAGAGAGAAAUAAAAUCCUAGUAACACUUUAUUGAGCAAAACUGAACAAAAACAGUGUAUAAUUUGAGGAGAAAGAAACAGAGGAGUUUUGUCUUACUUACUCUAUGUACAGAGCAGGAAGACAUUAAACUGCUCUGGCUAUGUACAGAGCAGGAAGACAUUAAACUAAAACAUACAGAGGAAAACUGCCUUAGAACUGCACAGCCAAUCAGAGCAUGUGCCACCUCACUAAAGAUCAUGGCACUCUAACUGGUUUCUAAGCAACAUCUAUAUAUACACACACACAGUUGACUAACAUUGAGAACAGAAUUAAUCCGUAAGCAGAAUGAUCUCUGUGCAUUGUGUUGCAUUUCAACACAAUUAUCAUAUUUUUUCCUAUUGACUCUGAUGUGUCUGGAUCGAAUAGAUUUCCUGUCUGCCACCAAUGUAUAUUUCAUCUCUCCAUUAAAUUCUGCCUCUUAAAAGUUUGAAGAAUUACAACUGUGAAUGCUGCCAUCCCUCACAUUUUCAAUCUAAGCUGCUGUCAAUCUUCGCAUACAGUGCCACCAAGAAUGACAUACUAGCCAUGACUACAGAUUCUUCCAAGAGUAAUGGCUACAAUUUAAAUGGUACUUGAGUAUCCUGUGCACAUUACAUACCUGAUCACCCCAGUCAUUACAACAAGCAGGCAAUGUAAGGCCAGUAUGGGUUUUUUCCUGGGGGCUAUGCAGUACCGGCACCUAUUUUUUCUAGAAGAAAAGCACUAGUAGGGCAAUAUCAUUAUUAUCCCAAUAUCAUAGAUAAGAGGGCUAAGAGCAAAUGUCUUGCCUAAGGUUAUCCAGAGAGCUACAUCACAUAGGGAAGCUCUGAACCAGGAAUUUCCUGGUUCACAUCUCAGCCUCCCAACCAAUUUGCUGUACUAGUCAACAGCACUCUUUGAAGUACCUUAUAGUUAUAUCAGUGAAGAUAAGCCAUUCUUAACAGCUAAUUCCACAGUUUUGAGGCCAAUAUCAAAGUUUGUAAAGUUCACUUUUAAAAGGAAUUUGUUCUACUUCAAGUAUAACAUGUCUUAAAAGGAACUAGUUUCAGUUCAACCCUUUACAAAAUGAACUGGUUCACGGUUAGUUCACAGUUCAAUUCAAGUUCACCCAAAGAUCCUCAGCAAAAAUAUUUUCAUUCUGAAUGUUACAAGCUGCUGUGCUGAAGUAUGAAAUAUACCUGGGUGUUGGGAACCUUUGGCUCUCCAGGUGUUGCUGAACUACAACUCCCAUCAGCCAUAGCAAGCAUGGCCAGUGACCAGGGAUUAUCAGAGUUGUAGUUCAGCAACAUCUGGAGGGCUACAGGUUCCCCACACCUGUGAUAUACUUAAGAAGGCUCUUCUAUGGGUUGGACUAUACCACCUUUGUAGUCCCUUCUAUACAAUAUGAUUCUAUGAUAAAGCUAAGAAGACAUCCAAACAUACAUACAACAGAAUGUGAAUUGUUUGAUUUAUUUCCCCCAACAGUUGUUAUAUUUAAGUUUAAAGGCCCCAAUAAUCUAUAGAGUAAGGACAACAUGUAAGAGAAUAAAGUUGAAGGUUAACUAGAAAUCAUUCAAAUAUCUAUCCUAAAAUCAAUUCAUUUCCAGUUCACUCAACAACUAUGAGAACCACUUCCAGGAGCAGCUCAGAGAUUUUUGGGCGAAUGUUAUGAACUUUGUUAAACUAGCUUAUUCCAAGCACUGACAGCUACAGGUAAUUAAUUUCCUGUAGCAGUAAGGUGCUUUUGAGAGCCUUUUGGAUCUAGAAAGUAAGAUACAACUAUUAUGAAAAAAAAUAAAAAGGAACAAUUCUGCAUAAAAUGCAUGUACCACUUUUAAGGGCACACAAAGGUGACUUUACAGUUUACCAUCAGCACUGUGAUUAAUGUAGCUAUUGUCAUAUAGUUCUGCCCCCUCAAAAAGUUGCUUAAUUAAAAAUAUUAUGGACCACUUCUCAAACAAAAAGUUUCACAAAGUGAUUCUCAACAAUAUUUAUUGUGCCCACUUGCCAAUUACUCUCCCCCACAAUGACAGAAAUAUCCAAAGCCUGGAAGCAUAUUUGGAAACAGUGGGUGGUUGAAAUGUUAGAAUAAAGAGAAAAGGCUAGGAAUGGUCCUUGUGGGAAGUACUGUAGCUGUCCCGUAGAGUGACCAGGUGUCCUCAUUGUUACCAGUUAGACUGCUGUUUCCAAGAAAUUCCUGGGCUUUCUGCAUGUCCAGUACUGGACAUACAGGGUGAGACAAGGUCUGCAGUGGGUGAUCUUCCUUGUAUUUUUACUAAAGGCAAGCCAGAAGCUCAGCUUGCUGUAGGAUGCUGGUGCCGCACAAAUUAAAACCUCAGUGCCAUCCUCCUGGGAAGGGAAAUUAUGUCAUGUUCAUUUCCUUUCCAGAGACAGCAUUUUAAAAAAUGGCUGCCUGGGGAAUGACAACUCUUGUCCCUGGGAUGAAAUUAUAGUCAGAGGAAAGAAUAGGAUUAAAAUCUCAGCUCCUGACUUGCCUUUAGGAACGAAAACCUGAACCUUCACAUCAGGUUCUGAUACCUGGUAAGUCCAGACUACAGCUCCCAUCAUCCUUGACUGUUAGCAAUGGUAUCUGGGACUGAUGGGAGUUCAAAAACUUCCAGAGGGCUACAGAACCCCCACCCCUAACAUAAAGGAAGCCACUGAGGAGAACAUUUUAAAGCAGUAUCUGUAUGGCUACCAUUUUGUAUGAGGCGGCCUUGAGGAGGUAAGCCUGGAAUCCUAAACCCACUUACCUGAGACUAAGUCACACUAAAUUCAAUAGGACUUACUACUGUACUAGGAAGACAUGGUUAAGUUUGCACUGCAAGUUGUGAAGUGGGACACAGAUUUCAUGAGAGGAUGUUUUCAAAAGCAUUUGCCCUGCCUAAACCCACCAUCUCAGAUAGUUGAAACUGACUCUUAUUUACUUGGGGAUUAGAAGAUUAUUAUUUUUCCUUGUUGAAAACAUCGCUGCAGGCCACUGCUCUUGAACAAUUCCCAGUGCUACAAAAAAUGAUCCAAAACAUUUCUCUUCCCUGAAGACUAAUUAAAAGAAGCGUAUUGUUUUGACAACUGCUUUGCCAGUCAGAAACUUAAAUCCUGAGUUUAGAUUCAAUAUAUUAUACAUGCAGAUGCUCUUUGGCUUGCUAAUAUUUCUCAAAUGUAUGUCCCAAAUGCUGUAAUUUGAUCCCAAGAAGGGAAGAAAAUGGAGAAGAGCUAAAUGUCUGGGGGGCUGCUUUGAUGGGCAAUACGGUGUAGUCAUAAAUAAAAUAAACAGCUGUGGAAUGUUUAUUAUUUUAUUUAUUACUGUAUCUGCAUCCCACCUCCCUUUUACUUAUUAUUACAUCUGUAUCCCACCUCAAAACAGUAGGUUGAAAAAAAGUGUGUCCCACCCAGCCCCAUUAUUAACCAACCCACCCUGAGUUCCAAAAAUCUGAGGUCCAUUGUGAGAAUGUAAAACUUUUUUAAGUACAAGUUUUCCAGUAUAUCCAACUUUCAGAAAAUAGUGGAUUUUUAAAAGAAGCUGUUUAACACCCAGCCCUGCUGAUAAAGCAGAAGCUAAGGUUACAUUGGAGAUGGUGGUGAGUGAACAAUUAAAUUACGUGACAGUCCUGGGAUGUUCUGUUGUGAUACACACCCACUGUGACAUCACCAUGGUGGGGCACCACCACAACAAGAACGGUACUGUUUGCAUGCACUUUCAUUUGUACACACACAGCAUACCCUGCAAGUAUCCUGGAAAAAACAGGACCUCCCCCCAUUUUUUCCCAUGUGAGAGCAGCCCCCCCCCCAAAGUGCAUCUUUUGGGCUCUGUGUCCUUGUGUGAGUCAUGUGAUUCACACAGGAGCAAGGCCUGGAAGACAUGUAUCCUGGUUUGGGGACUCAACAUAUUGAAGGGUAUGCAGACUGGCAUAAGUGGAUUUAUUUACUUUUAAAAACUUGUUUUGCAUCAAUGUUUCAGGAGCUCGUCCUACUCUUGAGUAGGACCCUGGCAAAGACACAUGCCCAACUGGCAUGUUCUCUCCCUCCUGGUCGAUCGUUCGGGAGCUUCAAAAGCUUUCUUUUGCCCGAACAUCACAGCGACUGAUGCCAACGGACAUCAGCACACUCGGGGAUCCGCAGAGUUCGCAGUUGCAUGACAGACCUCAGCAACUCAGCAUUUUGGCUAAUCUACCUUAUUUACAUAUAAACACACACGGAGCAUUGCAACAUGGCUCCCUCUCUCUCUAGCAUCAGACAGCAAAGAGAAAGGACAAAGGACAAUAGUCCCACUUCACGGAACACAGUAACACAAACAUCCUGUCCCCGGCACUUCCCACUCUGUGGAGUCAAAACAUACACCGUCAUGUGAUAGACAACAAUCCCAUGACUGCAGUCACGGAGCAGGAAUCUUAACACAAUGCUGGUUUGUGGGAGGAAACUCACUAACUUCUGGAAACAGGAUAUGUCUGGAUUUGGGUUGAUGCUGCAUGCACAAUAUUUUAACAAGCAAACCUGGCAUACAGAGCACACUGGAUGCACACUAAACUGUAGUGUGUGCACAGACUCUGCCUGGGGAAUUGGAAGGAGUUGAUCAUGACAGCCAGGUUAGGUAUUCAAGACUACCGCCACAUUUGCAAAUUUUAACAAAGGCAUUGAAGCUGUAAUCCCGAAUCAAUGGUGCUCUAAAAGGCAUAUUGCAUAACCCUAUCACAUUGUGAAACUGAUAUUGCUGGAUGAAUGGAAGUCAUUUUCAUGAAAACAACCAUAAUAUGUGCCUGGCCCUUCCCUUUUUAGUGGCUUUCUGUCUGCCCUUAGAAUAAAUGAAAUGCAGUGUACUUGUGCAUAAGGGAUAACUCCACCUGAGCUCCUCAACACAAUGAAGCAAAUUCCAAUCCGGUUGCUCUUCUGUCUUAUUGAAAAAAGACAGUAACUUUCUUGUAAAUCUCCCAAAUUCUCCUCUAAGCCAAGGGUGGGGAACUUCCAGUUUGCAGACCGACCAGGUGUCACACCUAAUGUGGGAAACUAAGUCACAUAGCCAAUCCUGACAUAAAGCAGGGAUGACUUCAGCUGAUGAGUGGGAAGUUCAAUCCUGCUGGACUGGCUAUAUUGCUUAGUUCCCUGUGGGGAACUCAGUCGCUCAUCCUUGCCUUGCAGAAAGCUCUGAAAAAGACCCUUGCACUGUGGUUCCUAAGUGCUUGGCAUCUGACAUCAUAAUGACACCAGGUGAUUGACUGAUGAGUUGUCCUACCCACCUAUCAAAAUUGGUCUGCAGGGGUAGGACAGAAAAGCCCCAAAGGUUCCUACCUCUGCUUUAAGCCUUCCAUGACAAGUAUGUUGAUCCCAAUUAUUGGGGGGGGCCCCCCUCAAUUUCAGAGUCUGCACUAGCGCUCCUCAUUAUUCAUAGCAUCAGUUUGCUCCUCUGUUUUCUAUUACUAAUCUCCAUGCAGUUCCUACACAUCAACCAUCACCCACCUGGCACCUUCUGUGCUGGCGAGGCUUGAUGGCAGUUGCUGUCCAAAAUAUCUGGAAGGUGCCAUGUUCAUGAAAGCAGCUGUCCACACACUCUUCCCCCUCUUGGGGGGACUGUCAGGAGCACUGUUGGGUUUUGUAUUAAGAGGGGAAAAAGAUGGACUUGGUACCGUUGCAUUCAUGCACAUUUAUACACUUCUUACUGAACAAGAGAUGAUGUCCUUGAGAUGAAAGCUCUAGGAUUGUACAGAGACAGAAAGCAUCUGCUUCUCCUUCCCUCCUCCCCUUCUUGAAGUAAUUAGAAGGGCAAAGGCAAAAGCAGAGACACUGGGAGAGUUCUGUCUAAUGGUGGAAAGCUUUGUACCUCUUUAAUGAUGUAUUAACUCCCACGUGCAAACACACGGGGCGAAACAAAUGAGGAAGUGCGGAUCAGAGACUGGACUGCAUUUUUGCAUUAUUGCAAGUACCAGAUUGUGUGGGGAAACCGAAGGUUUCAACCAAACCUAAAGCAAACCUGAUGUUCAUGGGUGCCGUGUUCAAUAAUGGGAAAUGAAGAAGCCAGGACAUAAGAAACAAAACUGCAUUUCUGGUUCACCCUGUAUUUAUUUCUAAUUAUGGCAAUGAAAUGACAGUAUGGUAAAAGCCAUAUGUGACCUUAGAUCUAUAGGAAACCUAGAUCCAAGAUCCAAAUUCACACAUCCAGCACUACAAAGCUUCAACUGAAGGCAUCUUCAAAAAUAAAAUAUCUGGUACUAAUAUUACAAAUUAUGUGAAAGCGGAACACAUUGCGCAAGCUUUCUUGUAUCAAUGGCAGGAUGUGAGGAACAAACAGGAAGCAGUCAAAACCAAUUAAGGGAAACCUCUGAUCUGGAAAUGUCUGCAGGUGAAAUGCACAUUUUGCAUCCAGUUAUUUGACUGAUCCAAAGCCCACUUAUUAAGUCAAUGACAAUAAGCUUUUUGCUAAUGCAGGAAGGUAGCCUGCAUCAGAGAAUGGGAAAGAUAUAUAUCAAAGCAGCUUUUGGUCAUGGGUUCAGAGAAGUUUGAAACAGAAAUUUAUGUAGUUUUUAUUUAAUAAAUUUAUUGGCUGCUGCACAAAAUACAAUAUUUUCCAAUAGUGGAUUACAGUUUUAAAACAAUUUAAAAUAUAAAAUAGCAUAAUAGCAUUACAAGCCACCCCAAUCUCUGCCCUGGUGUGCACGAGAUUGCAAGGUUCUUGACCACAAACCUAGGAACAAUGGAGGCUGGUGCGCAGCAGCAGCAGCACCCCAUACUGUGCCACCUUAUCCUUACAGUAGCAGCUCCAUAGUUUUUGCUCUGCAGCCUAUCUUGGUCUCCAGCGUAUAUAAAAAUGUGGUUCCUUCGCCACUUCCUGGUACCCUGGUGGGAGGGGGAUAUUGCUUGGUUGUUUUCAUUUUAACUAUUUAUUUGUGUAUUUACCUUGUAUUUUUAUCUUGUGAGCUGCCCUGAGAUCUUACGAUGAAGGGUGGUAUAUAAAUCUAAUACCAUCUCUCCUAAUCCUGCUCUUCCUCAAAAAAAUUAGUCCCCUUUAUUCCUUUGCAUUCUAAUACCCAUUUCUUUUGAUGCUUUGAAGUACUAAUGAUUAAUCCCUCCAGGCUCACCUAACAACCACUUGUUGAUUGACUAAGAUUAAAGGCUGGUACACACUUAGGACAUUUACCUAGGUUAAUUACUUCUUCGUAUGCUAAUUGCUGAUGCUCAGAAGUAGGUCCACACACAUAUUCCCGUACACAUGGAUCUUGAGUACAUUCUUCAGACUCUGAAUCACAGUCUGUACAUACAAACGCUAAUUAAACGCCUCAAACUCAUUACAUUACUCCCUUCUAAUGCACUUUGAGACUGUCUUAUAACAUAUCCCAGUUGUAACAUACAUUUCUAAUUAAAUCCAAAAAUUUGCUAAACCUAAACAUUUAGCACCAUAGAUCUAUUGCAAUACAUUCAUAAUCAUAUCAAUGAAAUAUUAAAAACUCUUCUAUAUGAUUUUCCUUCCAGUAUAUCACACAGCCAUACUAGCACACUGCUAAAAGCAGAGGCUAUUGAACCCCCUGACAAAAAAGCAAUGCUAAAACAGCAGGGCCAUAGAUGAGUGGGAGAGCAUCUGCUUUUCAUGCAAAAGGUCCAAUAUUCAAUCUGUAGUAUCUCUAGGUAGGGCUGGGGGAAGAGCCAUGCCAGAAACUAUGGAGAGCCUCAGCCAGUCACUGUAGACAAUACUGAUUUGCAGGAGUAGCUCAUUCUGUUUUGAUGCCUGAGGGGAAACAGGAAGAUGCUGCCCUGCAAGUCUCACUGGAGUCACACGGCUGCAGCUUCUGGGUUCUGGCGAGAUCUCGCAAGAGGUCCGCAAGAUCUCGCCAGAACCCGGAAGCCACCGCCACUUGUCUUUGCUUUUCUGGUGGCAGUGGUAGCAGUAGGGGAGCAGGUGGGGCGCCCUGCUGCUAUGAGAGAAGUGAGGAGAAGCUGUAGCAACAGCAAAAUAUUGCAUGAACUAUGCAAGAUCUUGCGAUAGUUCCACAAGAUCUUGCUGGAAUCUGCCACUGCCACUUCUCCUCGCUUCUCUUGGGGGCAGGGCAGGAGCAGGUGGGGUGCAGCCCCUUAGGAUUCCACUGUCUGAGGCAGCUGUCUCAGUCGGCCUCAUGGGUGGGCCGGCCAUGCUGAACUAGAUCAAUAGUCUGAAAUUGAUAUAAAAGCAAUGCUAUCUGGAAAAAGAAGAGUUAAAGUUACAGAGUUGAUUUCUAGGGAGGAGAGAGACAUACCACAAGAAACAAAUGUCUUGUGCUAUCUAUACAGGCCAUAACUAACCCAGCUGCCUUUGGAAGAGCUCCACAAUAGGCCAUUUAUAAUGGGGAAAAUUGUGCAGUUGUUCCACUAUCUUAAAAAAACAACAAAAGUUGGAAUGUCUGUGGUCUGGGGUGGGUGGGGAGGAAGCUAAACAUGUGGGGAUGUUUUGCUCACAUCACACAGAUGUCCCCCGAAAGUAAGUGAACAAAGUGUGAGUAUUCCACUGUAGACACCCAGCAGAAACAGCCUUCAUAACCUAUGUUAGGUUGAAAAGCAAUUUCAGAAUGAAGCUCUCCCCUCUUGGGUUUCAGUUGUUAUUUUAAGGUAUUCAGCAGUGCUUUCUAGGAUGUUAGAAUUUUUGGGCUGGAUUGGUGCAAAGGGUUCCAAUUAAAGAUGAUUUAGAAGCUAUAUGUAAUCAUUAGAAAUAUUAUUGUUUUUGUCCAUAGGAUGACUUCUUAACUCAAACUGCCGUAUUAUACCACAAUGAUUUGUUCUUUGUAAAUAAUUAGCUAUCUCGACAUUUUAGGUACUUUUCUAUGGAUGCUAUUGGGCAUCAGAUAAGAAACUGCUAGAUAAACCCUGACUCUAACUCUAGGAUCUGAACAAAAUAGGUCUUGGCUGCACCACUAUGAGUGUAGUUUUUUUUAAAGCAACAACAGGGGAUUUUAAAGAUUUAAAUGAUUUGGGGAACUUGACCAUUCUAACUUGUGACAGCUUGCAUUUCCAAAAAUAAAUGGGCAUUUCUGGAAAUGCAAGCCAUCAAAACACAAAAAGUUCCCCAAAUCAUUUACAUUAAACAAAAAUCCAGUUUUACACAUGGGGUGUCUUGUGUGCCUUUGCAACGGCCAUUGGCUAAAACCAAUACAACUUUGACUUUGGUGCUGUUUGCCCCCCACCGCGGGCUGUGAGCCUCCAGACUCCCUAAAGUACACGCUCGAACUCUGCCACCACUUGUCCUAUAUCAGGUUGGAUUUAGCUGGGCUUGCACAAAGAGCACAUGAGAAGUUGUCGCAUUAAACUUUGGUCUGUGAAGAGCUCCACCUGUGGAAUCAAAGGCACAGUUCAAAAGUUACCUCUAAUUUCUCCAGGCUUCGCUUACUCUGUUUCAUGAUAGAAACAAAAUCUAAAGAAAGCUGCAGAUUUUAGCUAGGAAUUGAGGGGGCCACUUAACCAUAUGAUCUUUAGCUGUUAAUUUAAAGCUGGACUCUGCGUCUAUUACCCUCUCCUUAUUUCAGCUUGACCCAUUCCUCACUUCCUCCUGAUUCCCUAGUGGAAUUUAUGGUUUAACCACAAAACUUUAAAUGACCUAGUGUUUCAGAUAGUACUGCUUCCUUUCUUACUCUUAGCCAGAAAAGAUAAUAGUGAUUUUCUUUGAAGGCCAGCAAUUCACUCAGCCAGACUUUUCCUUAAUUAUGGUAUAUGAUGCGCAUUCCCACUCUCAAAUACAAUGUUUCUUCACAGCCUUGCACCUUAUGCAGUCACCUCCUCAUGCGAAAACAGUGGCUGUAAACAAACUAGCCAUGCAUGUUGGCAGCAGUGUUUUGGUACAGUCAGAAGGGGGACAGUUCUACAACAACCUCCUCCCUCCUCAAAUACUACAGUGUGACUUCCCAUUUCUAGUCAGCUGUCAGCUGUGUAAACACAGAUAGUGCUCUUGGGUUUUCUCCCCUGAAGCAGCAAUAAGAAAUUAAAAACCUGACCUGUACUAUUGUGCCCCUAGUGGAGAGGAGGAUUCAAUGCAUAAGGGGGGAACCUAGUAGACAAACCAUCAUUCUGAAUGACUGUUUACAGCCUACAACUCCCAUGAUCCUUAGCUAGCAGGACCAGUGGUCAGGGAUGAUGGGAAUUGUGGUCUUAAAACAUCUGGAGGGCCGAGUUUGAGGAAGCCUGGUCUACAGGAUUUUAGUAUAGGAGAUAGUAUAUGAUAGUAUAUGCCGAAGGUCCCAGAUCCUAUCUGCAGCAUCUCCAGGAAGGUCAGGGAGAGGCCCCAAUCUGAAAUCAUGGAAAUCUGCCCCCAGUCAGUGUAGCCAAUACUGAGCUAUGUGGACCAGCCAUCUGACUCAGUAUAAAGCAGCUUUCUGUGUUCCUUCCUAAAUGUUUGAAAACUGGAUGAGAAAAUAUGUAGAAAGAUUAUGGGGGAAGACUUAAGUCAUUAACUUUAUGGUGUCUUUAAAUUCUUAUGGAUUUUUGAAUGUUCAAAUAUUUAGAAUUUUCAAGGCACUGAUAUUUCCCAGCUACAGUUGUAGAAUAAGCAUUUAAUCUUUACCAGCUGCAGUUUGGCAUCUACUGUGUCCAUAAAAACCAGUGUAAACUACGUUAAUCAUAGACAAUAAAGGGAAAUUGCCAUAGAUUAUGAAAUAUUUCUGAAGUUGACCUCAGUGUUGAACUAGCGUGACUCUUACAGUGACACAAUAUUACCAUCAAAAUCCUUUAUUAUCUUUCUCUUUCUCUUUCCCUUUCCUGUUAGAUAAGUGUCAUUAUAACUUCAUUUUUAUGUUGGGUACUGUAAAGCGGUGGUUCCCAACUGUUUUUUAUAUGGUGAUUGACGGCGCUUUUUUUCACUCGGAGUGCGCUGGAGCGUAGUUCCGAACAACAACUUCUGGCCCUGAGUCUUGGUACGAACCAAUUCCCAAAACAAUAACACUUCUCCUCUUCCUUCCCCCUCUCUCACACACCCAACCCUGACAUGGCCAUGCCAUUGCUCCUCCCCAUGGGCUAUGCUGAGGCUGCUCUAGCAGGAGGCAACAGGGAAACCAUGGUGCUGGAGGGAGCAAGCAGGGAGAGGGAGGGAGGGGGAGGGGGAGGGGAAGCCAGGCCACGGUGUAAGGUGUUCACAGCAAGGAGCAGGGCUUUUUGUCAGCUGGAACUCUCUGCAACUCGGUUCCGGAACCCCCCCCCUUCUCUUUCUUUUUAACAUUUUUUUAAAAUUCAUUUUUACUUCUAACAUUUAUCGUCAUAAAUUCCGGUACCUCUCAGGUGGGUGCCAUUGCCAUUAUAAGUGAACAAAGGAGACAUUCAUGGUGAAUUCCAGCACCUCUCUUUCUAUCAAAAUAGCACUGGUGAGGAGGAAGAGGUGGUGACUGGUUGGGGGGCCUCCCUGUCACCCUGGCCCAGGCACCUUGGGACCGCGGGAGCAGCAUGGCCGCCAGUCUGUGGAUGGGAGGUGAGAGAAAUGGAAGGGCGAGCAGGCUGCAGAGGGAAAUUCCAUGGCUGGGUUGGAAGUUUGGUGGAUAGCAGUAGAGGGAGGGAGGGACCGAUGGCGCACACUCUCAUCUUUGCAGCAGGGCAUGCUUUCCUCUCUUUCCCCCACCCUCCGUUAAGUUUCCUCAGUCUACCUUCAACUGGAUGUUCUUUGUGGGCAGAAGCUUGUUUGCAGUGGCCAUUUCUCCCGUGGUUCACAGCCUCUGUCACCAAAUGUGUGACCAAGUUUGGUUUUGCAACUCGUUUUUCUGUGUCUGCUGCAGCAGGUGAACCAAGUGGCUAUUCUGGAAAUCAUUACAGCGGUACCUCAGCUUAAGUACUUAAUUCAUUCCGGAGGUCCGUUCUUAACCUGAAACUGUUCUUAACCUGAAGCACCACUUUAGCUAAUGGGGCCGCCUGCUGCUGCCGUGCCGCUGGAGCACGAUUUCUGUUCUCAUCCUGAAGCAAAGUCCUUAACCUGAAGCACUAUUUCUGGGUUAGCGGAGACUGUAACCUGAAGUGUAUGUAACCUGAAGCGUAUGUAACCUGAGGUACCACUAUAUUUUAUCAUCAUUGCCACCUGCUUGGAGAAAAUAAAAACAACAAGCACAGCAACAGCCUGCCAGGGUGUACAGGAGGAUGAGGAGCAAGGGGAGAUUGUAGUAGAGGUGAGGGGGAAAGUUCCAGCCCCGUUUUUUUCUAGAAAAAAGUGACGGUGAUUGACAAGUCCAAAUUUCCUUGGUAUGGUGAUGCAUCAUUCUAUUGUCCUAUGAAUUUUGGAUCUUAGGACUUCAGCAGCUAUUGGUUUUUGCAUUUUAACUGCAAGUUUGCCUAUCUAUAACCAUUUAUAAGGACCGCGGGUGGCGCUGUGGGUUAAUCCACAGUGCCUAGGACUUGCUGAUCGAAAGGUCGGCGGUUCGAAUCCCCGCGCGACGGGGUGAGCUCCCGUCGUUCGGUCCCAGCUCCUGGCCACCUAGCAGUUCGAAAGCACCCCAAAGUGCAAGCGGGAAGGUAAACGGCGUUUCCGUGUGCUGCGCUGGUGCUGGCUCGCCAGCUGCGGCUUAGUCACGCUGGCCACGUGACCCGGAAGCUGUCUUCGGACAAGCGCCGGCUCCCGGCCUCUUGAGCGAGAUGAGCGCGUAACCCCAGAGUCGGUCACGACUGGACCUGUUGGUCAGGGGUACCUUUACCUUUAACCAUUUAUAACCAUUACUUGAAGUUUGUGACACUGGAAGUUUAUCUAUUUUAGGACACACAUUAUUUUUGUGAUUGUGAGUUGUCCUUUAAAAAAAUUAAAUACAAUAUUGUGUUUUAAUGUUGGAAAUGUUGGGACCUUAGAGCAAAGAGUGGGAUGAUGAUGAUGAUGAUAAUGGGGUGUAAUUUCCAGGGCAUCAAGCCAGUUAUAUGCCUGGGAUGAGGCAGCAACCACUAACACCACUCCAUCUCUACAAGAGCAGCAUAGCUCAUUUCCUAGUGAAUUCUGUUAGGCACCCUGGGUAGUCUGAUGCCAAUGGGUCUAAGCCAAGGGAGAGGAACCCUUUUCAGUCUGAGGGCCAAAUUCCCUUCUAGACAAUGUUCUGGGGGCCACGUGCCAGUGGUGAGCAGGGCUAGAAGCAAAUUGGGCAAAGCAAUGGAUGCACAUGUUACCUUUGUGCAAAAGAUUCGUUGUACAUCUUUCUUUUUUCCAUCUAGGCAUGAGAAAGGCAUUUUUAGAGUUCAAGGUUACAUUCCAGCCGGGCAAAGGCACUUAAGGAGAGUACGAAGCAGAACCAAUGAGAGAUAUGGCCUGGGGAGUGCAGGAGUAGUAGUGGCCUCUUGAGAGUCCAAAGAGGCCGACAGAGAUGCUUCGAGGGCCACAUUUUGUCUCCAGGCCUGCGAUUCCUCACCCCUGAUCUAAGCACAUGGAAGGAAUAAGCAGAAUGCUCCAUCUGUGCAAAAUUAACCACCAAUACCUGCAAUUAUCUCAUCCCCUUCUGCAACAACUGCCCAUUCAAGAGCGAAGGAGCAGCCCUCUAUUGCUGCUGAAAGGAUCAUUGAGGACAGAGGCAUUAACAGCCAUUAAAUGUUCAUGGCUUGUAGAUGAUCAUAAUGAUCUACAUGUGAUUUGCAUGCUUUCUCUUACACAGAAGUACUAUUGAUGUAGGGAAAACAUCAUAUUAGAAAUGGUUGAAGUUCCACAGUUCUUGUGGUGUGAUGUGCGUUCUCAGUGCCCCAGUUUUUCUCUCCCACUUGCAUAGCCUCCCUUCCUGCAGUUGGCAACCAUGCUGUGUUUUGUUAUUCCAUCAGAGCUUGUGAUGGUGAUGGUUUGUUAUAUUUAUAUCCCACCUUUUCCUCCAAGGACCUUGAGAUAAAGCUCAUCCACACUUCCCUUUGUCUCAUGAUUUCUUCUGCUUCUCCAAUAAUUUCUAGGCAUGGGUUGAAGAGGUUUUUCUUUUGUCCCACUGCUUUCCCCUGGAAAACCCAGUGUUUACUGCUGAAUCAGAACAAACAUCAAUCUGCAGAUGGGUGGGCAUGAGGAACGGGGGCUUUUUUGUGGUGGUGCCAAGGCAAUGAAACACUCUGCAUAACAAAGGAAACUUGGUUGACUGUACUGUUGCUCACCAAAGAUCCAUAUUUUCCAGCAGCCAUUGUCCUGUGUGGGUUUUUACUAGAGAUUUCUCAUUGUUAUUGUUUUCCCCAAUAGCAUUUGACUUGUUGAUUUUAAUACAUUGGUUUCUUUUGAUGUAUGAUAGUAAUAUCUUGUUUCUCUAUGGCUGUAUUUUCAUGUCAUGGUAAACUAUGAUUAAUGGCUUAUGAAACGGCAGAUAAUUACCUGCUUGUGGACAACUCCUUGCAGAUUAUUCCCGCUCUCAAGUGGGAGCAACAAACCAUGAUCCUUGCUUAAUGUUCUGUUUGCACUGGGGCUCAUGAUUUGUUUCACCCCCAACAAACCACAAUCUGAAGCCAAUCUUUGUUCUUGGCUUAUCAAACAUGUUCUGUUUUGGCAAAACAAACUAUGAUCCCCAGUUUGGAUGCAAUGCUAAAUCAAGGAUUGUUGCUCCAGCUCACUGGUGGGAAACCAUGAAGCAGGAAUUAUCCAUGUGUUCACAGUAAACCAUCGCUUACCGCAAGAAGUUUAUAUAUGUUUGCCACCUGGGAUAUAAAAUAUUGUGAGUAAAGUAUCAGAAAAGAUGCAGCUCAGUUGAAGGAUCACAGGCUCUGCAUGCAAAAUUCCCAGGUUCAACUCCUGGUACCUUCAGAUAGGGCCCUUGUCUGGAAUUAUGGAAAACCAAUGCGGGUCACUGUAGCUAAUACAAAGUAGUGCAAACAUGUUGGUAUGAGGCAGCUUCCUAUGAUGCUAAAUAAGCAAUAUGCUACUCAUGUAGAAGUAUUGCCUUUUCACAAAAAUGUCCCCAUCAAGUAAAAGACAAGUACGGAUGGAGGUGUCAACCUGAGAAAAUGCCUCCACUUUUAAAAAGUGGAUGCAAUCCCCAGAGAUGUUCACCUGGUGCCUACCUUGGUGUCAUUUCAGCACCUGACCACAACCAUUUCCCCAGGCUUUGGACUAUACUAUUUUUAGUGGAGGAAGCUAGUGAAUUAGUUUUGCUGUGCUUUCAGAUAAGGCCUGCUGUUUUAUCUGCUGUUGCUGCACUUGACAUUUUGCUGGUGUGUUUUAUGUUCAUUUCACCCUGGAAACACUGUGUGUUGGAAGGUGUGGGGUUGUAAAUUCAGGAAAUGCAAUGACUGAAAAGGACUGAAGUGGCAAAGGACGCUGCAUCUCUCCUUGAGAGAACCCAUGCUUUCCUUGCAAGUAGUCUUGGUAUUUCCAAUUAAAAUAAGCUCAGGAAGCAAGGCUGGGGGAAAGACAUCUGCUUUUGACUCUGAAAAGAUCAAUACUAGGCUAGGUGGACCAAUGGUUUGACUCUGUCGGCUUGUUCAAAUGUUGCACUGAACACAACUGCAAGCUGUCUAUACACACGGAUGAGUGUUUGUGUGAAAGGAGGUACACAUGUUGAUUUGUACAGCUCAACUAAUUUGUACACAGGUACACAUAUUGUACACAACUUGAAUUAUAAUAUGUAAGCAUCCCUAGGAACACAGGAAGCUGCCUUAUAUUGAGUCAGACCAUAGGUUCAGUUUAGCUCUGUAUCGCCUACGCUGCCCUUCCAGGGUUUCAGACAGAUCUUUCCGAGACUUACCUGGAGCUGCUGGAGAGUGAGCCCAGGACCCUCUGCAUGCACCGCAGGUGCUUUUCCAAUGAGCAGCAGCUCCAAGCUUCAAACACACUGCUGUUGAGCCUCUUGGCCUGCUACUAUUUUCACCACCUGCUCUGGGGCAAAACUAAAUCCCUGCUUCCUACUGCAGGUGGUGGAAGAGUGUUUUUUAAAGAGAUAGUUUAGCAGAGCUGCAUUCUUGGCUAUGACUUUCAGCUUGGCACCUGGGGACUCUAAUUGCAAAUUCCCAAACCAAAUUUGGGUGUAUUGGAAAUAGCCCCAAAGUAUAAUCAUAUGGACUGGAAAGGGCUUCAUAAGCUACAUGUGACUUUUUUUUUCUUAGUCAACAAGGAGCGUGACAGAGUCUCAGUAACUGUGUCAACAGCCAUACGUGAUAGAAGCCAUCUGCACACAAGGGGUCUGUAACAGCCGGUGGCAUUUAGGAUGUGUGCCGAAAACUGGCAUGGUCUGUGCCUUGAGCCUCUUGGUACAUUGUGUGCACAACGGCAUCGCAGCGCAAGUGACCUCACAGGGCUCAGCUGAGCCCAGAAGCUAAGGAGACAUGUAGUCAUGGCUAUGAUGACAGGAGGGCCAUUCAGCAUCUUAAGAGACAAUAAAGGAUCCGUGUGCCCACUUUUUCCACCACCACCACCACCCCUUCUCCUCUCCUCCUCCCCCUGCCCUCAAAAGCUGAAGCCCAGGCCAGAGUCCCACAUCAUGCAGAUGAAUAGCAGGUCUGUUCCAGCAGCUGUGCUUUCCCUCCCACCCAGCAAAGGCACUGGGAGACUCCAGAAAGCUGCAGAGACUUGGUCUCUUGUCCGGGCUGAGAGGAUUGAAAAGAAAACCUGGGAAGAAAAAAAGAAAAAAAAGAGAUGGGAUCGGAAGGAGAAAUGAUCAACCUUCAUGUGAGUCCAUUUUGGGCAUAUCAAGGAGGGGUUGGGGGCUGGUGAGUGAGGCCUAAUGCUUGUCAGUCACUUCCUUGUCUCUUUUUUAUUUCACCCUCUGCCUUUCUUUGAAGUCUCUUUCUGGAUAUAUCUCCUCUCACCUCCUUCUUGCUCUCUGUCACUUUCUGGGCUGUUCACAGGAGCCAGAUCCCAACAGGGCCCAUCAAAGGACUGAUAAGCUUUUCGGAUAAGGAGGAGAGUCCCAGACAAGGAGAGCUGCCUAGAAAGAGCUUUUCUUGAGAGGCAAGCGUGCCUGUUUGACAAGCUGGGAAAAGUUAUUCCAUCUCUCUCUGUCCUUCCUCACAGAGCCCUUCUGUACUUCAUUAGAAAACGUUCCCAACCCGAGGCAUGAGGGGAAAAAGAAAUAAACACUGCAACACCAAAGCGAGACAGCCCUGGACCCAAAUUCCUACCUGGGGUUCCUAGAGAAACAAAACCUCUUGAUCCAGCCCUCUCAGGCUCCUCUUUUUCUGCUCCUCAGAGUUUGUUUGCUUGAGGAGAGGCGCUUCCUAGAACUCGGGUGUCUCUUGAAAGGGCUGCUUAUUGCAGAUGGAUUGCAUUUUAUUUAAAAAAAAACUGCCAAAGCAAAGGAGAGAGUUGAGUUUUAAGAGUUUUUAAAGUUUAAAGUUGACCACACAGCAAGACUUAACAGAUGUUGAGGUAUUUUAUAUCUUGUUUAUUUAUUUGCCAUAGUUAUAACCCACUCUUCCUUGUUAAUGCAAUCCCAGAACGAGAAAGGACACUAAGGCAGCACAAGGAAAUAAUAUUUUGUUUUAAUGCAACUUAAUGUAAAAAGAGACAGGGAUAAAUAAUCUGACCAAACCCAAAGAGUACUCAUUAAUAGUUCCUCAUCAUCCUGGAAAAACGUGGGCAGUUUUUCACAGCCCGUUGUUCCAAAUCUUUGUAAACAACUUGGAUGAAGGGAUUGAGGGGGUGCACAUCAAAUUUGAAGAUGAUUCCAAACUGGGAGGGGUAGCUAAGGCUGCAGAAGACAGAAUCAGAUUUCAACAUGACAUUCACGAGCUGGGCCCAAGUUAACAAAGAUAGAAAUCUAAAGUUCUGCACUUAAGCAGGAAGAACAAGAUGCACAAAUAUAGGAUGGGGGACACCUGUCUUACUAGCAGUACAUGUGAAAAGGAUCUAGUGGUCUUGGUGGACUGCAAGUUGAACAUGAGUCAACUAUGUGACGCAGCAGCAAAAAUAGCUAAUGCUCUUCUAGGUUGUAUCAAUGGAAGUCUAGUGUCCAGUUCAAGAGAAGUAAUAGUACCACUCUAUUCUGCCUUGGUUCGACCACACCUGGAAUACUGUGUCCAAUUCUGGGCACCACAAUUUAAGAAGGAUGUUGACAAGCUAGAACGUGUUCAGAGGAGGGUAACUAAGAUGACAAAGGGUCUGGAAACCAAGCCUUAUGAGGAAUGGUUGAAGGAGCUAGAGCCAGCAAAUCAUUGAAGCCCCUAUCAGAACAUCUAAAUCAGAGAUUGCCAACAUGGUGCCCUCUGGAUGUUUUGGACUACAACUCCCAUUAUCGCUCAGCGUUACCAAUUAUGAGGGACUAUUGUAGUUGUAGUCUACAUCUGGAGGGAACUGUGUUGGUUACCCCUGAUCUACUAAGGCAUUUUGUUGGUCACUGUGGGAAAUAGGAUGCUAGACUAGAUAAGCCUUUAAUUUAAUCCAGCAUGGUUUUUAUGUUCACCCCUCUUGCCUCCUUCGAAGCCCACCUUUUCUUGUGAAGUCCUUUAUUAAUUUCCCUGUCCUAGUCUUUCUAGCCAUGCAUACUGAUAACAUUGUUUCAGCAACCUCCUAUAAUUGGCAGUGCAUGAAAAUAUCUGACUUGCUAGCAUGCCAAAAGAUGGGAACUUUCAAAAUAUUUGUUGUGGAUUCCUAAAACUGUUUGUAUUAUAGCAUUCUAGUACCAGAAAUGAGGGGAGAUGUUGCACCAGGGAUGGUGACUCUUGGUUUCAGUUUCUCUCACGUCUGCAUUUUCCCAAUUCAGUUAUCCAUAUUUUAACAUAGUCUGCAAUUUUUAAAAAAGUAAUUAUGUAAAUUCAUCAAUAUUUCAAUGCAACUAUAUUCUAAUAUCCUUUUUUUAAUGAUGUUUUCAUUAAUAUGCACAUUUUAUUCUUGUGUGUCCAUUUUUGUCCACGUUACAUGGUUGGGGAAUUGCAUUGCCAAAUUUGGAGAAGUGUGACUUUAAAAGAUGGCUGUGUUCACGAAAAGCAUGAACUGAAUCAAAGGUGGUCGGGAAAACACCUGCACUGUGUGAUUUACUAUGGCAACUACAAAUACUUUUUAAAUAAGCCUUUAAAAUAAACUUGGGCAGCAGCCUAGGCAUUCUCCUGGUCGGCUCCCACAGAAUACCUGUCUCUGAAGAAGGACCCCUCUUUGAUUCCUUCUCAGAGACCAGAUGUGGAAGAGGUGGCAGAGAAGCAGCUGCCGCUGCCACUUUUGCAAUGACAAUAAAGCUGUUUGUUUUUCAAAGUAACGGUGGCAGGGACAGAGAAGAGGGAAUAAGGGGCACUGCCACUGCAAAGAGGACAAUUGUGGGGACACCUCAUCAACUGGAUCAUUCUGGGAAACCCCUGUAAUCUGGAGCUGGACCUUAAUAGAUCUGAGUUAAUUCACUUUGGCUUUAAGCAGAUCUGACUGUCUUCUGUUGGACAAUACCCCCUGGGUAUCACAUCCAUAAGUCGCAAAGGAUGGUUCCAAAAAUUGGUGCUCAGUACUUCUUGGGGCAUGAAAGAGAGCUCAGACCCAGAAACCUGCUGAAUACCCUCAUGUGAAGGAAUAUAAGAAGAGCCUGCUGGAUCAGACCAAUGGCCCCUCUAGUCCAGCAUCCUGUUCUCACAGUGGCUAAUCAGAUGCCUGCAGGAAACCCAACAGCAGGAUUUGAGCACAAGAGCACUCUCCCCUCCUGUGGUUUACAGCAACUGGUAUUUUGAAGCAUUGCUGCUUCCAAGGAAGCCUGAAUUGGAAUUGAGAGAAGCUGUGAGUCAGAAAAUGUUGUGAGGAAACAGAGCUGAGAAGUAGAAACUGGAGGAAGGCCCAGGCCAACCCCCAAUGUCUCAACCACCUCCUUCAACAACUUAAAAGCCAGCAUUUAGAGGCUUGCCACCUCUCCCUAAGGGAGAGAACGAAGAAAAGAGCCAUUGCUUAUUUCCCUGCAAAUAAACGCAGAAAAGUGACUCUUUCAGGCAAAGUGUAGCUAGCAAUCUUGCCCACGCAUGUUUGUCUGUGUAAUGCAGAGGUAGAGGCUCUUUUGGGGUGGCCAAGGGCUGCAUUACUGGGGUGGAAAGCUAUGGGGGGGGCUGCAUUCCAAGAGUGGGUUGGUCUGGACUAAAAGUGGGUGGGGCUCAGCAUAUGCACACACUUAACAAAGGCACACACACACUUAGCACACAGACACACUUGACACACACACUUAAUAAAGACUGUUUCCUGUCCUCUAUUUCUCCUCCGCCUUCUCACUCUUAUUCUCUCACUGAAUUGCAUCUCUGUGCACUGAGAAGCUCCUGCCUCUCAGUGUACAGAGAGGAAAUGCUGCAAACUGUUCUUACUGGAUCACCAACUCCCUGCUUUCUAUCACCGGGUUCUGAGAAAGGACUCCGCUUUUCCCAGUAUUUGGAAAGAAAUAAACAGUGAGCUGGCCAGACAGAGAACUUGCAUGGGUGUGGCUUAACAGGAGAGGCCUGGCAAGCUGGAUGGAGAAGUCUGGUAGUCCGGAUCUGGCCCACAGGCCAGUCAAGCCAGUCAUUCCCUCAGCCCUGAUGUAAUGUGGGGAAAAUAUAAAGACAGCUUUGUAAAAACAAAAACAAAUGAAUGAAUGAAUGAAUGAAAUGAUCUGCCUUUCCAUUUGUUCUGUUUAACCCAGGAGUGGGGAACACUUGACCCACAGUUGUAAUUAGGGCCAGCAUGGGCUCCAGUUUGGCCUGCAAGGCCAUUUACUCAAACCACACCCACCUUCCCUAUACCUAACAUCAAACAUGAUGGAACUCAUGUUUGAUGUCAUAUGGAACUCAGUAGUGCAGCCAACCCCUGCUGAAAGCAGAGCUUGAAGUAAGCACCUUUCAGCUCUCCCUUUAACCCAACUAAGGACAGAGAAACACCUUUGCUUUUUGCACUUAGAAGGGCCAGCAUCAGGAGCUGGUGUUAUCGGGCACCUGCCAAGGCCCACACCCCUUCAAGGGCUCCACUGCCAACCCCUAGAGUUUCUUGGCCCUGCUGCCACUUCUCCUUAUUGUAUGUUCACCAAUCCAUAGCAUAAUUUUUAUGUGAUUUCAUUUUUAAGCUAUUUGCAUGCUGUAAGUCACCUGCAGAAGAGUGAAAGUGCAGAAAGGCUUAAUAUAAAUUGUACUACUAGGUAAAGGUAAAAAGGUAAAGGACCCCUGGAUGGUUAAGUCCAGUCAAAGGCAACUAUGGGGUUGCGGCGCUCAUCUCGCUUCAGGCCAAAGGAGCCAGCAUUUGUCCACAGACAGCUUUCCGGGUCAUUUGGCCAGCAGGACUAAACUGCUUCUGGCACAACGGAACAUUGUGACGGAAACGAGAGCGCAUGGAAAUGCUGUUUACCUUCCCACCGCAGCGGUACCUAUUUAUCUACCUGCACUAGUGUGCUUUUGAACUGCUAGGUUGACAGAAGCUGGGACAGAGCAAUGGGUGCUUACCCCAUCGCGGGGAUUCAAACCGCCGACCUUCUGAUCCGCAAGCCGAAGAGGCUCAGUGGUGCAGAAAGGCUGAAUAUAAAUUGUACUACUACUACUACUACUACUACUUCUACUGCUACUACAAAUGACAUUUAUUGAUCAAGUUUACAAUGGAUGCCAGUUACUUGACAUAAAUGCAAUCACACCAAAACCUCUAGCGUCUGUCUGAAAUUUGAAAUGACAUUAAUUGGAAGCAUUUGUUCCUCUCCAUGGCCAAAACAGAAAUGAAACCAACCCUGGAUGUUUCUUCCUUUUAUUGUUCUGUUUUGGUUGUUGUUGUUUUAGCUUGUGUGAAACAAAUAGAGUGCUUUUGUUUGUGCAGUUAUUUAUUUAUUUAUUUAUUUAUUUAUUUAUUUAAGUAAGUUAAGUAAUGUGUUUGUAGUCCACUUUCCCUUUUUAAGCCAUGAUGCCUUUGGCAACAUUCUCAGUGCUGCCCUGCUGUUCAUCAUUUUGCUUUUAUCUUACUGUGUCCCUGAUGUGAAAAUUGAACUAAUCAGUUUCAGGAACUAGGAAGUGUACAUUUAUGAUUUAAGUACCCUAUUUUGACAUACUGGAAGUACCUUCUAGGAAAUAACAACUUGUGUAGUAAUUGGUGAUUGUAGAGUUAAAUAUUGCUUGGAGCUAAGACUCCACCUGUUAGUUUGAUCUUGUGGUUGCUUUCAUUUUCCUAUGUAGUUGUGUGUGAGCCUGUUCGUCAAUAAGCAGCGUCUUUUUCUGGUCACAAAGUGAGUAACGUUGCCUUCUAAUUGAAUAAAAGCUUAGCAACUAGUUUGUAGGAGCACAACAGCUGAAAGCUGUUUUCACAAACUGUUUAGAAACUAUUGUAUUAUUUGCAAGAAUCCAGAUGGGUAUGAUUGUAAUUUCUGGCUGGAAAUUUGUGCAUUCGUUUUUAGUUAUUUAUCAAAGGACACCCUUUGACUCAUCCUACAAUGCGAUGAUAGAUGUUCUGCCUUUGUGCAUCGGUCCAACAGAACAAGUGCCAUCAAACUUGCUCAUCUUUCCUUGGACCCCACUGCCCCACGUGGUGGUGACUCUUUGCCAGUGUUGUACACAUAUGAGCCAAGACACUGCAUAGAAUCAAGCCAUGAUAAUAGCUUCCUUUGCGUGUCAAGAGAUAGCAGGAUAUGCCGAUGAUGGACAGGGCUGGCUCUACUAUUAGGCAGAGGGAGGUUUCCGCUUCAGACAGAUGAUUAUGAAAAGGCAAAAAAAUUUUAGUUGGCCUUGGGUACUGUGUGCACCUUGAUUAGUAGAGGGGGUGGUUGUCAUUUGCUGCUCUGCCUUCAGCAGUAUGUCGUCUAGAGCUGACCCUGAGCAUGGAAGAAGAGUUUCUGUAGCAAGACACUUUGUUAACUUCCACUUAACUCUCUGAAGUACGGUUUCAGCUGAAACAGACACCACCACAUGUUCUCUGUGAAUGCACACACUUGUGCACUAUUUUGUAAUGCACAAGAGCCGAAUCUUAACUUGUAAUUAGCUUGUAAUUGGCAUUAUGAUUUAAAGUGGGAAUGGGGAACAUGGGGCCUACCAAAUGCUAUUGGUUUGGAGCUGUCAUCAUCUCUGGCUGCUGGCCAAGCUGGCUGGUACUGAUGGGAGUUGGAGUGACAUCAGGUGGGGAUUCAGCUUCAUCAAUUCUUGUUUCAAAGAAAAGGCAAGCUUGGAACUAGGUUCAGAAUUGGUACUAGGCUCAGAAUUCAGCAUCCUGCAAAUUUCUGCAUGUUUCUAGUCCCUAAAGGCUGUGAAAGUCAGCUUAAAAGUGAGUACAGGUGGUAACUAUUUUGCGCAUGUCCAGUUAAUACAUGACCGCUGAUGCACAGAUCAUUUUAGACCCGGAAGAGGGAAUUGUAACAGGGUGGGCUUGUGUGUGCUGUGUUGACACACACAGGGGCCAAGAACAGAAUCCCCGCACAAAAUAGUUGCCGCCUGUAUUUGGUUAAGGCUGCUUACUAAGAAGUAAAUCCCACAAAAUUCAAUGGGGCUUACUUCUGAGUAGGCUUUAUAUAGGAUUGCAGUGUCAACCUCAGAGGUCAGGAUGGCUUGUGGGAUUUUCCAAUAGCUGUGGCCCAGUCUUGAUUGUCUUGCAUAGUUUUUGCCAUUCCUCAUGGCUAACCAAUAGACUAUGUAAAAUAAUCAAAUUGCAGGCAGAUUAGCAUAAUUAGCAUAAUUUAUAGAAGUCAUAGAAUCCAGUUCUUCUUGCUGCUAAAUUUAGAUGCAGAAUAUGCACAUGGCCUGUUGUCACAUGGCUUUAUUCAGAAUGUAAAGGGCUGCAGAUACAUAGAAAGAGAGAGUAAAAGAUGAAAGCACUGAACAGAUACACACACACACACACACAUAUAUAUAUUGUUUCCUUCAUGGCACUGACAAGAAAGUGGGUUUGGUUUGGUAACCAAAGAAAGAGACUUCCAUUUUUCUGCUUCUGUGACUUUAAAAGUGGUUUCUGAGUGGUUACAAAAUCUUUACCUUGAAAGCACAUUUGUAGGCAUGUGCGGAAAUGGUCAACUAAUGCAUGCUUUCUAGUGCAACAGAGCCCUUUGCUCUCUUUUAGUGGUUUUCCUAGAAAUGUGACCAUCUGAGGUUGCUGACUGAUGAAGCCCUGCCCCUCUGCUGUUAGACUUAAGCAAGGCCUUUUAGGGUCAAAGAGCAUGUGGCCUGGGAGGCCCAUGAUCAGAUCUCCUGUUACCUUUUUAAAAGCAAUCUCGGGUGGAAGGAUUUGAACUGGGCCUCUAGCACUGGAGAAGUAGGGAAGGGGACUUUGGGACUGCUUAUCUAGCAGGAGAUUCCAAUCAGCUUGAAAUUUAAGUGUGUAGUUAGAAUGAAUAAAAGCACCCUGUUGUGCUAGUGCAAAAAAAAAUGGACUUUCUGUUUUUAGGAAAGUGUGACAGUGGGAAAGCACUGAAAAGUGUGAUUAAUGGAAGACACAUAAACACUCAGUUAUCAAAUUAGGGUGAAUGCUCAUUGCUGUUCUAAAGAAUCCAGACAUCUUCAUAAUAUUCCACUUCUUCCCAUAGGUACCACCCGUGCUUUUCCCCCCCUCUCUUCAGGGGAUACUCAAGGGUACGCAGUACUGGCACCUCUUUUUGUUGUUAAAAAGUAUGACACUUACUGUAAGAACUUCAUGGUGAGUAAAAAGGUAAAGGUAAAGGUACCCCUGCCCGUACGGGCCAGUCGUGUCCGACUCUAGGGUUGUGCGCCCAUCUCACUUAAGAGGCUGGGGGCCAGCGCUGUCCGGAGACACUUCCGGGUCACGUGGCCAGCGUGACAAAGCUGCUCUGGCGAGCUAGCACUAGCGCAGCACACGGAAACGCCGUUUACCUUCCCGCUAGAAAGCGGUACCUGCACUUAGGGGUGCUUUCGAACUGCUAGGUGGGCAGGAGCUGGGACCGAACGACGGGAGCUCACCCCGCCGCGGGGAUUCGAACCGCCGACAAUGCGAUCGGCAAGCCCUAGGCGCUGAGGUUUUACCCACAGCGCCACCUGUGUCCCUUACAUCACCUAUUUUUCUAGAAGAAAAAGCACUGCGUACCACUUCCAGAGGCGGUUUUAGGGUAGUGUGACUGGUGUGGUUGCACUGGGUGCCAAGCUGCUGGGGUUGCCACAACAAUGGUGUAGAAGGCAGCGUGUGAAGUGUGUGUGUGUGUGUGUGCUGAAUUUUAACAUCACUCUGAGUGCUACUGAAAUUUGAGAGCCCAAGAUCCGCCACUGCUACCUCCACUGCCAAUGCAAGUGCUCUACAGAAUGUAUUUUUGUAGUGGGUGUAGGUGCCUAUUGGGUCAUGGCUGUGUUAUCACUAACCACCACCAGAACGUUUCCACCUCCUGUGCCUUGCCUACGAUUUUAGAGGUUCAGUGUGUCCUAGGGCAACAUUCCAGUGCACGAUCCUUGUCUAGCCCUUAAAAAGACUUCCAUUUUUAUUUUUUAAAUUAAAUACUAUAUUUUUCAUCCAACUAUGUAAGCAUCCCUUUUCCAGAGUUAUAUCUGUCCUAAUUAUUUUGUAAAAGAAGUAUACUUAACAUAUAAGCACAUAUAACUUGGCAGCAAGGGUUGUUCUCUUAUCACCUCUGCACUGGAGGAUUGAAGGAUAUUCUGCAAAAGGUUCCGUGCAGUUGAGGGCACUUCCAACAGCUAAAGGUCAUCUGUAUAACCUGUAAGUACAGAAGGAAAGGGGAGAAAGAAGUGGAAGGGAACAUAUCCAGGUGGUAUCUGAAACUUGUCCAAACUCUGUAGCCAGGGCCAGAUAAUAUUGCCAAUAUAAUGGUGAUUUAAGAUGUGGAGCAAAAGUUAUGUCUGUUUUGCAACUCGCACAGUGCUGUGACUAUACUCUGAGCUAGAAAGUGUUCCACGAAUAGCCUAACAUUGUGAUGCUAGAGAGCUUGAGGCAUGAAAAUAUGCACAGAAGGGAUUUUUUUGUAAGUUGCCACUAACUUGAACUUUGUUCUAUAAUUGUGUGAUAUUUCUCCCCUAUCCUCUAAAUUGUCCUUUGCUCGUUCAUCAUAACUACCCUGGGGUGCAUUUUUCUGCAUAUUGGAGAAAGGGAACCUAUAGAUAUUCACUCUGCAUGGAGCAACUGGAGCAUAUAUAGAGUGAGAAAUAGAAAGGUAUCGUGUAUGAGCCAAGAGUAUGAGUUGAGAGAUACUUAAUCCAGAGCUUACCUGCGGGUAGAAUUAGACACGAAAGCAGAUGCGGAACUGCCAUGGUACCAUGUUGUUUCCUGCCCCUCUAUCUGCUCCAUAACAUCUAGUUUGCCACCAUCCAGAAUGUGCCACCACUGUGCUCUGCACUAGCCCUAGGAUGGCCACUUAGCCAUUGCCAGAUAUGAGGAAAUGCAUCAUUAGAAAUAGGACACAGAUUUGCAGAAAAGUUGCUUGUGCUAAUUUAUAUAGAUGGAAAUUUGUAAAUAGUCACUGUAAUUUACAUGGAACAGUGGUUCUCAAACUUUUUUCUCUGGGUCACACUUUCAGGAUAAAAUUUUGCUCUCGAGUCACUCCACACUAAACCUUUUAUUGAUAAGAAAUACACUGGAAAACAAAAAGAAACAACUCCUAGCAGUGUUUGAUUUAUAACAUAGAACACAACUGCUUUAUUAUAUGAUCAUGGGACAUCCAGAAAAUAUAAAACAAUGCAGCUACAUAAGAACAUGACUCAUUCCCAACUUACAAUUAUAAAUGAGCCUCUUACAUAGGUACCUUAAGUAUGUAUACAAACUCACUGAGAGGUGUCAGUUUGCUUUUGCCAGGUCUUUAUAUUGGGUCUAAUUCGAGACAAACUCUUAUCUCCUCAUCAACACAAAUGAAACGUUUACAUGAUUCUGAGACUGUCCUUGAAUCUUCCGUCACAACUCCUGCCACACCAGUGUGGCUCCCCACACCCAUUGAGAACCACUGAAAUAGAAACACAAUACUGUACAUCUCACUGUGGUGGAGACAGUGACCAGAUGAGCUGUGUGCCUGUCCAGUCUGCUGUGCAAGUGGACUACUUCCAUGCUCCUGAUUCCUUGCUGCCCUCCCUUCUUAUGGGUCUAUAUCUUUAAACCAGACUUGGAGCAGACAGCCUUUCAGAUACAGGACUACUUCAGAUAAAAGACUGUAAAGUAGCCACUCUACUGCCCUGCCCAGCCUCACCCUCUGUUCGCCAAGGGAGUGAGCCAGUGCCCAGUGCAAUGAGAGGCAAAUCUGUCAGUUACAUUUUCUCUCAGCUUAUUUUUCCAAUCUUAAAUUCAGUUCUCCAGAUUUGUGCAUCCCUUUGCACGUAAAAGCAAAUAAGUCCUCGCGUUAAUUCAUCAGCAAUUUAGUGUGCAUUUCUCCUGAUAGGGAAAUUUGCAUGCAAAAAUGUGCCUAAUAUAAUGCUUUUAAUUUUUUAAAAAAUUAAUAUGUACAUUCUCAUGCAGUUUUCCUUUUUACACACAUUUUGGUAGACAUUAUUUGGUUGUAGAACUGCAUUGCAAAAUUUGGAGAAGUGUGACUUUCAAAGGAUAACUGUGUUUCAGUUUCUGUAUUAUUUCAGGAAACAUGAAUUUGGUAGUUUUGACCAAACCAAAAUCUCUCUUCAGGCCCUAACUCUAACAUUCUGGUAUUUGCCUCUGGUUUAGUUAUCUGCUGCUGCUGCUUUUUUAAGCAGCCAGUGCUACUCUUGUUUGUUUGAUAUCUCCACUCUAAAGAUGAUGGUGUCACCAUCAACACCUGAUUAUUACUUACGUUAAUCAGGCUGAACUUUCCAUCAGUUGAGGCCAAUGAUGGGAGGGUGUGGGAAACUCUCUUAACUAUGCUUCAGAAUUGUAAAAGGCUUCAGCUUCGACAUUGUUAAGUUAGAGCCAAUUGCUUAUUAAGCUGUUCCAAGUGCUUGAUUAGAUAGAAUAAUGAACUUGGGCAAUUUAGUAUAUUAAGUCUUUGUUUGGAUGCUCUUGGUGGGCUACCAGCAGUGAAUACAGACAUUUUGAUUGAGCUAUAUUUUGCUAAUGGUACUGCUUCUGAGCAAUUAUCUGUCACUGCUCAACUGCAUCAUGCAGUCAUUGUCAACAUACUUCCACAUCAGCCAGUCAUUGGCUAGGGAAAUAAAUUGUGAAACACAUUGUUGGGAACUUGAAUGGCUAGUCUUCUGGUUGUAAAUCAACUGUAGCAUGCUUUGUGCAAGAAAUUGGACAUGCUGAAAUGUUUUUUUCUUUUAAAAAAGGUAGGUGUGUGCACAGACAUAGAGAAGGAAUGCAAGAAACUGCCUUUUACUGCAGCAGACCAUCCACAGUGGUACCUCUGGUUACAUACUUAAUUCAUUCCGGAGGUCCAUUCUUAACCUGAAACUGUUCUUAACCUGAAGCACCACUUUAGCUAAUGGGGCCUGCUGCUGCCGCGCCGCUGCUGCGCAAUUUCUGUUCUCAUCCUGAAGCAAAGUUCUUAACCCAAGGUACUAUUUCUGGUUAGCGGAGUCUGUAACCUGAAGCGUAUGUAACCCGAGGUACCACUGUAUCUCAGUAUUGUAUACACUGAUUGGCAGGAGCUUCCUUAGCCCUAUCUAGAGAUGCUGGGGAUUGAAUUUAGGACCUUUUGCCGACAAAGUGGUUGCUCUGUUACUGAGCAAAGUAAUGGAGUUGCAACAUGGAAUGCUGUUGACAACCUUUGUAGAAGGCUGUGGUGCCUAGAGCCAUAACCAAAAGAUAAAACCAUUUAAAACUCAACUAAACUUCUGAUACCAUGUUGAAAGUUUCAUAGAAAGACCGCCUAAGUAAGAUUUUGAAGUGCAAAGCCAGGAUGGUUUUUCAAAAGCCCGACAAAGAUUAGAAAUUAUGCUAUAAAUUUAUUUACCACCACCUGCAGGCAUGAUGGAAAGUAAUGAUUUGCUAACAUAUGCAGCAUUUUCCCUUAUAGCUGUGAAUAAUAAAUAUAAAUAGGUCUGCCCCUCUCAUGCAUACCAAACUGUAUUGUAGAAGCUAUAAUUUAAUGUGAAGUUUGGAAUAAGAAAUAAGGCCGUCAAUGUAAUUAUUACUCAUUGCUGCUCAGCUCUGAUGCAUUCUUUGGCUUCUCUUUGGUAUAGAGCCAUGGACAUGAUCCAGCAAGAGUGUUACAAUAUGCUAUCAGGACCGUCUAGGUCGGGCCUCAAAAUAUUGUUCAACUACAGCUCCCAUUGCUCCUCACUGUUGACAAUGUUGACUGCAACUGAUGGGAGAUGGAUUCCAACAACAUCUGGAGAACCAGAUUUCUCACUUCUAUUUUAGGCAGUGGUACAGCUAAGUAACUUCAGAUCAUGAAUUUAUGGCCCUCCUUUUUUGAUGGUCCUGUUUAAUACUUCAGUUGUGAAGCACACAGUUCACAUUUAUCUUCUCUUCCCCACUGGAGCCUCCAAAUCUGUGCUUUGCUGCCCCCAGUGGUGAGGUAUUUGAGGCCUGGAAAACUUUCCAGGGUGAUUACCGGUAUGUCCUCUCAGGUUUCAGAAGGACUCUACCUAUCCAGGCAGCCCAUCGGUUUCCCCUGACCAGGGCAAUGAAGACAGUAAUUCUGUUUAUUGCAUAGAUAAUGCAGUCUCUUUUCUGUAUGGUCCUUUGCACAGCUUGAGUUUGAGGCUGCUACUUUUUAAUCUGAAAUACUUUUUGUAUGUCAGAGUCUAAACAGAGUAAUGUUAUAUUUGCAGGAGAAAAUAAAGUUCUGUAUUGUUUGAUGGGGGGGGGACUGGGACCGGGACCACAGAAGUCCCUAGUGGCAUUCUGGUUUUCUUUGGGACUUUUCUUAUUCGUGAAAACGAAAUAAUUUUUUUUUUAAAGUAAAGAGGUCUCUUGUUUGGCCUUCCAGUACAGUUUCCAAAAUCCUGAGGCCAGAUUUCAGUUCUAACCCAUGCAUAAGCAACUGUCUCUCUGUACAAUGUGCAGGACAGAUCUCAAAAUGUCUGUUUCUUGGUGUCUUUGAAAUUUGAAUCAAGCACCUUUUGUACUGCCAGGGGCUGGUUGGUUUGAAAUUUGAGUAAAUUUGUUUGUUGAGUUGUCUUGAAAUUUGAAUAAAGCAGGUUGCUUACCAUCAGGAGUUAAAGCCACCCAUUAUGUAACUCCCACCGAAGCUAAUAGAUUUAUUCUAGGGAUUAAUUUAGCCUCCAGGGUGACAAUCAGGCUGAGGAAUCUUGUGACAACAGGCUCCAUCAUGACUGCAUUCUUGUGGGGCGGGAGGAACAACUUCUUCAUUAUCUAUGUCUCCAUAAGCAGCAGAAGAGCAAACCAAUUCUCAGCACAAGCUUGUGUGUUUUUCCUCAGAAGUAAGUCCCAUGGAGUUCCGUGGGACUUCCUAAAGGAAACAUUUGUGGCAGGCAUGGGGACUCCUGAGGACAGCCUUCCAGGGACCACAUUCUGUCAGUGGGUGGGGCUAGAGGGGAAAAUGGGCGGGGCAACAGAUGCAACACUUACUUUUUGUACAGCUAUAUUUCAACAACAGCAACAGCAACAAUUUAUUAUUUCUACCCUGCCCAUCUGGCUGGGUUUCCCCAGCCACUCUAGGCGGCUUCCAACAAAAUACUACAAUACAAUAGUCCUUCAGAUAUUAAAAGCUUCCCUGAACAGAGCUGCCUUCACAAAACAACACAAAAGCCAGAGGGUUCUCUGCACACACCCUUCUCUCUAUUCUGGCAAGCAAGGGGAUUUAAUCACAGUUCAGCAACACAUUCCUGCCAGGCAACACAAUGAGAGUGUGAAAUAAGGAAGGUGUGGGGAGAGAGGGUGAGGUGUGAGGAGGGAUUUGACCUGGGAAGAACCCUCAUAGAGAGAUGUGGAGGGCCACAUUUGAACCCUGAGCUUCCCUGCCACUGGUGUAUAGCAGAAACUAAUCUAAUAUUGGGCCAGCCUUGUGUUUCUUGGCCCAAGCAGGAUUUGAAUUCUGGUCUCCCAGGCCAACAGUUGAACCACUGCUCCACCACUCAGCUGGCAUUGAGAAGGAGAGCAUGAUACUGUGCAGCUGAAGAAGAGACAUCACUAUGUAACGGCUGUAAUGGGAGCUGGUGAUGCCUGGGUCCUUUGCAUUGAGUGGCACCAUUUUUCUGUUGAAAGCAUAUGAGUCAGCACAGCUGCAGAGAGACCAUGAAUGAAGGGGCAGCUCAGAAAAACAAGGUCAGCUGACACAGACAAAAUAAACACACACAUCGGGGGCAGCACACAAACACCCCCCUCUCCAGCCCGCCCUGGUUUGUUUAUCUUUUUAAUCUUUAUCUCUAAAAAAAACAAAAAAAACACACACCACCACUAUACAUCAUUAUCCUGUGCUGGUUCUUUUCUCAUUGGCUUUGGGGCCUCUCUGAGAGAAGGUACGAGCCACGAGGAUCCCUGGCCUAUUUAGCAAUAUUUUAAAAGGUUAGUCCAAAUAGCAAACAAGACAGCUUGAUCCACACGCAGCAAAAGUCGCAGAAGGGAUAAGAGAGGGAGCUGUGCCCUUCAGCUCCACGAAUAUGAAUAGGCACUAAAGCAUGCUUAACUUUCUGCUGAUUGCAUUAUGGGGAUGUUAUCCUCAGCACGUAACUAAAGUGGUGAAAAUAACGUCCACAUAGGUAGCUGCAAUCUGUAGAAGGUUAAGUGCACUUUGAGGCCCAUUUAAAUCAAUGAGAUUGAAGGCCACAAUUAAUUGUCCACAUACCAUCAGUUUCCUGCAUUACUCUCUCUCUGCCUCUGUUUUUAAUAAUAAUUUUAUUAUUUGUACCCCACCCUAAUUGCUGCGAAUCACAAGUGGAGAGAACAGCUCAUUUUAUCAAAGUUAAAGUGAGGAAGCAUUUGCCCAUGGCAGGAUUUCUCCACCAGCAUGAAAUUGCUGGCCGUGGGGUGGUACUGUUUGAGACUAGAAGGCCAGGCUUCAGGGGGAUUAAGCAUGCUCAUCCAAACAGAAACUACUUGGGAUUCCAAAUGAAAUGUUUUGAGGAUUUAGGCCUUUAAGAAAAAAAUUAAAUUUCUGAUUCCCUGCUCACUUAACGAACUAAUGGGGUUUAUACAGGUCUUCUCAAAUUAAUCUGUUUUGAGUGCUGGCAAAAGAACAGAUCCUCCACAGCCUGUUUUGUAUGGAAUAUGGUGGUUCAAGAGGAUAAAAAAAAAGGUUAACGUUUGUAAGAACCUGGAGAAAAAUGGUUCUGUUGGAAAUAUUUCCCCAGCAUGAUAAUAGAUUUCUUUUUUAAUGGCUUGGUUUGCACAUAAUGCUAAGCCAUGCUUUAUAUAAACCAAGGUUUAUAAACAAGCAGCAAACAAUGGUUUAGGAGUGUGGCUUUUUCAUGGUUAAGAAACCAUAGUCAAGACACUAGGCCAAGUUUGGAUGAUCACAUUAAACCUUGCUUUACUAAAUUAAAUCAUGGUUUAUAAACCAUGGCUUUGUCUUAUGUGUGAACCUGAUCAGUGAGUUGAAAGGAACUCUGGUCAUGCCAAAAAGAAGCAUUUGUCCCUUGCGCCUUUCUUUUUCUUAUAUGCCAGAACCAAGCCCUUUCAGAUCUUGUCUUAGUACAAAUUAAUUCCAUCCAACAUAUCCCUCCAAUGGCUAGUCAGAUCUCCAAGACUUAGUGGUCUUUUGGGCACUGCUUUCUCCUUGCCAGUAGCGAUUUUACUUGACAGAGUGGAUUUUUUGAAACUCUAGGAACUGGGCCAGCUUCGUGGUGAGCUCAGGUAUUUACGCUUUGGGUGGGGAGAGCUUUCAUUUGAAUGGGUCACUUUAAAGCUCUUCCUCCAGGCUCAUUUUCACAAUGUAUAAACAAGGAGUGUUCUGGCUCCGGUAGAAGCAGCUGACUUCACUGUUCUGGCCAGCUGCAGGGAAAGGUGUUGCUCCAGCAGCCAUCAAUGUAGAAAGGAUAUAGAGGGAGGGAAAGACACAUGAUGGUGUUGCUGUUGAGCCAGAGAGAAGCGGCGUGCUCAGUUUUGACCUGAGAGCAUUUUAUACAAGCAAAAGGCUUGUCAUUGUGACAGGCAGGGAUGUGAAAUGAAAGGGAGACUGGGGAGGAUCCAAGGCACUGUGCACUUUGCAGAAAUUCUGUAAACUGGGCUAUCUUCACUACAUUGAGUGCAAUUUCAUGUUUGUCUUUGCUUUUAAAAUUAUUAUUUUUAAAAAGCCAUGUGAGAGUGAGUGGGAAACAGGUUCAAGGCCAUGGCAUGCAAGGAGUGGGAGAUAAUCCCCUCCAUGCUUCCUUCCUGGAAAAUAAAUCCCUUUUCCCUGAAGCUGCUUAUUUUCUCCAGGUGGGAAGCUACUCUUGGCAGCAAGGUAGGCUCUGAACAGUAGACAUUUCAGAUCCGCAGUGAAAUACACUGGAAAGUAUUGCAAGAUCUUGUAAAGCUGGCAUUCAGGGCAUUAGGCGUGCGUGUCGUAGGGAUGGAGAUUAUUUUGUUAAUUUUGGAACAGUCACGAGCAGGCAAGUGGACACAAUGGUGUAGGAAAUGCCAAUUGUUAUGACAGCUCAUAGUUUGAAAGCAGCUGGAGUGAUCUGAGGCAAGGCCCUUGCAGAAUACAUUUUAAUAGUUUUAACCUUCCUGAGGAGUUCCUAUAAAAACAAGGCUGCAUGUUGCCAAGUUCAAGGGCAGAGGAAAAGAUCAGGAAAGAUCCUGCUAAAUAAACAGAUAUCCUCCUGACUGGCAGGGUACCUUAUCUCUGUAGGAAUCUAGAAUGGUGGAGGUUUAUUGUUGUUAUUAUUAAUAAAAGUCAUCUUGUUAAUAAUAAUAGUUUAAUGUAUUAAGGUAAACAAAGUUUCCCCCUUGCUUCUUGAUUAUAUAUAUAUCUGUAUAUAGAUAUUGUACUGAACAGUAAUGAUAUAAGGACACUCCCUAGACUGUGUGAUGGAAAGUUGAAUGUGUUCAUAAGCUUAUGCAUUUGGCGAUGAUGCAGAUUGCUGCCCACAAAAUCUCAUAAGCCUUGAUGGAUCAGACCAAAAGCUCACCUGGUCCAGCAUGCUGUUCUCCUAGUGAUUUAAGGCUGAUUUAAAGAAACAUGGGGCAAGGCUGAGAAAAGUGGGCCAAAAGCUAACUGUGACCAGGUCAGAGAGAGUGGGAUUGGCACUCACCUACCCAGCUAUAUGGUCAUGUCUCCAUAUAUAUUAUUCUCAUGUAGGAUGAUCAUGGUCCCUACUUUACAGAAUAUGACCCUCUAUUUUGAAAGACUAUCAGAGGACAGUGCAGUUUUGAAAAUGUCUUCUGUUUUAAGGACUGUCAAAUUGAAAUAUAAAGAACCCUAAGAAGGGAGAGUACAGUGAUACCUCGGGUUACAGACGCUUCAGGUUACAGACUCCGCUAACCCAGAAAUAGUACCUCGGGUUAAGAACUUUGCUUCAGGAUGAGAACAGAAAUUGCGUGGCGGCAGGAGGCACCAUUAGCUAAAGUGGUACCUCAGGUUAAGAACAGUUUCAGGUUAAGAAUAGACCUCCAGAACAAAUUAAGUUCUUAUCCCGAGGUACCACUGUAAUUGGGCCUUCAAGUUAUCAAUUAACAGUGAGAAACCUGGACAGCCGACAGAGAAAGCACUCAGGUUACUUGCUCACACUGUUAGAGUGAGAUGUACUUUUUUAUUUAUUUAAAUUAUACUAAUUCUUUCUAAAUAAACUACCUUCAUGCAAAUCAGUGUCCUCAUUUUUUUGGUGAGACAUCUCUUUUGACAAUGUUCAUCCCUUUUCUCAUCAUAUGGCUGGUAUCUCAUUAAUAAUCAUAUAUUACCCAUGAUCACAGAAUUAUAGUGUUGGAAGGGACCCCAAGGGUCAUCUAGUCCAAUUCCUUGAAAGACUCCUUGACAGAUGACCAUUCAUCCUCUAUUUAAAGAUCUCCAAUGAAGGAGAGUCCACCACCUUCUGAGGCAGACCAUUCCACUGUCAAGCAGCUUUUACCAUCAGAAAGUUCUUCUUGAUGUUUAGUCAGUUCUUUUUUGUAAUUUUCAUCCAUUGGUUCAGUUCCUACUUUCUGGAGCAGCAGAAAACAAGCUUGCGUCAUCUUCCCUGGGAUAGCCUUUCGGGUAUUUGAAAAUGGCUAUCAUAUCCACUGCUAUUUUUCUAGAAAAAGAGGUGCCGGAACUCACCAUGAACACCUCACUUGUUCUCUUAGAAUGACAAUGGCGUCCACCUGAGAGCUGCCGGAACUGAGUUCCAGCUGGGGGAAAAAGCCCUGAUCAUAUCACCUCUCAGUCUUUUCUCUUCUCUAGGCUAAACAAUUCCUCAUAAAGCUUCAUUUCCAGAGUCUUUUUCAUCUUGGUUGCCCUCCUCUGCACAUGUUCCAGCUUUUCAAUAUCCUACGUAAACUGUGGUGUCCAGAACUGGGUGCAGACCCCUGGUGUGUUCUGACCAAGGCAGAAUAGGGUGGUACUAUUACUUCCCUUGAUCUGGACACUAUACUUCCGUUGAUGCUUCUGAGUAGAAACCAGCCACAUGUUUUAGCAGGUCAAGGAAAUAACAGUGUGGCAACAAUACUGUUGAAAUGAACACACGACUACCAGUUGCAAAGAUUGCGACAGUUAUGACUGAGAGAUAAGCAAACGCCAGGGAUGAAGAAAUAGUCAUGCAUGGUGCCUGCGGUACUAGGGAUGAGGGAACCUGUCAAUCUUAGUUUCUUUCAGUUUCUCAUUUUUCCAGUCUUAUGCUCAAUUCUUCAUAAACGUUUUGUCAUUUUUUAAAUCUUUAUGAAAAUUCACCAGUAUUUUAAUGCAAAUUUCUCUGGGCAUUUUUGCCUAAUAGACACAUUUUUGCAAACCAAUUCCCCAUAAUAUAUUGCAGUAGGAAGCAUGCAGUUUUCACUAAUAUAUACCCUAGCAUAUAUUUUUUUGGUAAAUAUUACUUGCCUGGAAAUUGCAUUUCAAAAUUUGGAGAAGUGUGAAUUUCAAAGGAUGAUUGUGUUUCAUCUUCUGUAUUUAUUUUGGAAAGCGCAAAUUAGGUCAGUUCACCUUUAAAUGCAAACUGAAUUAAACCUCUCUUCCAUUUUUUUUGCUAAAACAAAGUUACUUUAUUGUCUGAAAAGAAAUGACAUAUACCCUAGGCUUAACAGGCCAGGAGUUUCUGUAUGUUGUUUCUUUGCCAAUUCUGUUUAAUUGCAUCUUUUUCCUCUCCUUGCUACCCUUCAGCUGUUGCUACUCCUUUCCUAGGAUAAUCCCUUCACAAUUCAGGAAUAGUCACCAUUUCACCAGAUAUAUACUCUGCCCCUUCUUUCUGUCCCUUUGUUUCGUUUAGAUAGUUUCUGGAAUUGGUCCAAAAAACUUGUGUUUUUAUGGCAUGCAUAUUAUCAUUAUGAUGGUGGUGCAUAUUGCAGUAGGAAGCAUUAAAAUCUAAAAUUGAAAUGUUGUAUUCUCACUAUUCAACUGAUCUCAUAUAAGAGGGGCUGCCUGGGGAUGGGGAAAUCUGGGUCAAAAGGAAAGCUGUGUGGGCACUGGUGUUGUUUGAAUUUCAGUUCCAUGGAACACAGAGUUGGCCUUAUUUUUCUAAGCAUUUCUGAGUACAAAAUGCAUCUUUGAAAUAAAGUGUUGCUUGAAUGAUAAGAGGCGAAGUAAACAAAGUCUCAUGCUUCAUUGUAUUCAUACUUUUGCAGUAUUCGUCCAUAUCUCUGACUUGACCAGUUCAUGCUUCCAGUGACCUGUCUGUCUGUUGAUUAAAGUUAUAUAAGAGAGAAUUAAGGUUAUGAGCUUUAGAACAUCCUGUUCAGGGCAGCAUGCAACAUUAGACUAUGUAUGUAUUAAAAUGAGACAGCAAUAAUGUUGGCAUUUCUCUUUCUUUGCUGUUAAAACAUUCAAAUCAUGUUAAAUCGGUCCUUGGUGAAGACUGUUAAGGAUGUUGUGGGAAAAACAAGGAGAAGCUGAAUGCAUUGUACAUGGCAGGAGGAAGCACUUUAGCAGGAUAGUCAACGAAUCUGUUAUGUACUAAGCUUGGAUCCUAGAACAAUAGGCAAGUAGGAUCCUAGAAUGCAACAACUGAUUGGCCUGCAGGAAAAGACCAAUCAGGCUCCAGGAGGGAAGCAGAAUCAGCCAAUCAGACGGGACUCCUUGUGUAAAUAAUGUAUAUAAAAGCCUGAGCUUUGGGGGGCAAUUCAAUCACUGUUUUACAAGCUGCAAUAAAGAGCAUGAAAUAUACUCUGAGUAUAUUUCAGAAUCCAUGUUUUUAGACAGCAUGAUCUUAACAGUUAAUUGAUUCACUCUGUUGCUUGCUUGCUUUCCCACUUCCUCGAGUGGUGACAAAUUCCUCGGGCAGCGCUACCCAGGCUUGGCCUCCUUUAGAUGAGAGAGCACUGAAGACUUGCACUGUUUUUGCAAUGCUUGCUUCAUUUACAAAUAUAGAAACAGAGCGUAAGUGGAUGCAAACAGUCAGCAGGCACUCUUAGAAGGCAGCAGAUCUGCCCUAUAAUCACAUCAGGUCCUCAGAGAGGCCUUCAGCCUUUAGCCAACUCACAUAGCCUUACCUCUUCCAAAUUACAAACACACACACACACACACACAGAGAGAGAGAGAGAGAGAGAGAGAGCUGCCCCACAGUGCUGAAAUCAAUGGGAAGCUGAGGCAGAGUUCUGUUGGUCAGACUCGGAAUAGAUAUGGAGCUUUGGUUCAAAGCCACUGCCUGGGUAGUAAGGCCCUGUGAGUGCAAUGGAACUUACUUGUCUCACAGUAAGAGUGCAUGGGAGUGCCCAUGCUCUCUGAUGCACAUAGAGUUCUUGUGUCUGUACGGAUCUCCAUUCACUUCCAUGGAAGGAGGUGAUCCAAAUUUGCAUGCAUAGAUCAGCUCCCUACAUGGAAAUGAUAGACUUAGCAACAGAAUUCUGUAUAUGCACCAGACCUGAUAUAUUAAAUUUUAAGCAUAUAUGCUGCUUUGCUAAAGAUAGGUCUCAGCAUGCAGCCUACUUCCCCCCCCCAAAAAACCCCCUCAUAACACUAUGUAUGUAUAUUUGUAUAAGAUGCAGGACAAGGAUGUGGAACCUCUCAGCUUCCAGAUGUUGCUGGACAUCCAUCAGUCUCAGCCAGCAUGGCCAAUCAAUAGACACUAUGGGUGUCAGUCCAACAACAUGUGGAGAACCCCAAGUUUUUCAUUUACAUCUAUAAUCCAUUUAAGUUGAAGGUGAAAGAGCUACUGCUACUGAAACUAGACUUCACUUUGAGGGUUGUUUGCUCCAGUUUCACAUGUGUAAAAAUCAUUGUCUUUCCGGAUAGAGAUAUUCCAAAUUACAACCUUAAGUAAAUUAGAUCUUCUUCUUAAACAGCUACAACUCAAAUCAUUUUAGUCUUUUUUUUUUAAAAAAAGGGGGGGGAGGGAAAGAAAUGCAACCAUUUUCCAUUGCCAAGGUGAUCACAUGCAAAAACUAACUUUUCCCCUCAUGAUUUUUUUCAGUGUUCGGAGAAAAAAAUGUUGCUGGAAUGUGAAUCAAAGAUCUGGGUACUUUCCAGCAGUCCACACUAUGAAGGAUUUUGGCAAUGGGAAUGGGCUGUUGGUUUCAGUGAAAAGUAACAGAUGCAAACUGCAGCUCCAUAUGGAUGAUGCCCUUAAGAGUUUCCAGUAACUCCUCCAGCACCACUGGCAAAGGGCAGUUAUUGGUCUGCAUCCUAGGACCAUGACAAAGUUUGGCUUUCACUGUAGUAGGAAUAAGUGCAUCAUGCAGUAGAUCCCCCCCCCCCGCUGAAUUGUUCAAUUAACUACUGGGGAAACUUGCAAUGGGGAAUUGAAAGUGGAGAUCGCUUGCAGAUGUCAUCUUGGAGGCAAUAUUUGACUGUGCACAUUGUUUUUCAAAACUUCCUUCCAAGAAGCAGCAGUCUUCGGUUUCCACUCCGCAAUGAUGGAGAGUACACUGCCUUGCUCAUGUAAAAUAAUAAUGAUACGAAUAUGAAGUGAGAGACGAUUUCCUCUUGACCUACUUCCUAAGCAGCGCUCAGUCAGUGCUCUUUGGUUUUGGGAAGGUAAAACAAAACCAGAAAAGAAAAAGCACCACCCACCCACAUUUCCCAGGCUCCAUGUGUUGCUUGGUGCCAACCACACAACCAGUUACUUACUCCUGAUAGGCAGUUUCCUUAACAAUUUCCUUUCAUCUUCUGGCAACACCCAGAGUGACUCGCCAGACUGGUUGUUUGACUUUCAGGUCCAAACUAGAUGUAGUGACAGCGGGUCCAUUUGCUUAAACCCAACUCUGCUUUGUUCAUGCUUUAAAUCAGUGGUGGCCAAACUUGGCCGUGAACUUUAAAUGUGCUUUAAGUGUAUGAUGCAGAUGUGAUAAGAGAGAAACUGAUACUGCAGAGAGGUAAGCCACAGGUGGGAGAAGGUUCAGCACCCCUCCCCUAUUGUUCCUUUCACUGUCCAAAUUGGACUCUCCUCCCCUUUGCUAAGUGAUUCAGGCAGAUCCAGAAUUGAUCCUCAGACAUAAGCACAUCCCUCCUGUAGAAGUAAACCAUGCCUUAAUUUCAUACAUUUGCACAUCAGAACACUGGACUUCCAUUGUGAAGGAAGUGGAGAGGAUCAGCAUUGCAAUGCAGCAUUGCUUUCCUGUAACGGCUCUGAAUCACGCUUAGAGAUUGCAUUCCUGUGGGGUGAAUUGUGCUGAGUGCUUUUCAGAAGUCAGUGUCUUUCCACUGCACUGUUCACAUAUGCCAGGCAUAGGCAAACUUGGCCCUCCAGAUGUUUUGGGACUACAACUCCCAUCAUCCCUAGCUAACAGGACCAGUGGUCUGGGAUGAUGGGAGUUGUAGUCCCAAAACAUCUGGAGGGCCGAGUUUGCUUAUGCCUGACACGUGCAUUUUAUGCUCAGGGCCUACAUUCUCUACUAGAAGAGUCAUGUUAUACAAAGUCAUCCUAGGAGAGCCCCAAUUUCUCUCUGCCCUACUUUCUAGAGAGGAAGUAGUUCUUCCCUUUCCUUGUGGUGAACAGAGGCACUCUGGGAAUAGAGCCCAACCCUUGUUCAAUGGUAGUCAUGUCAUUUGUAUGUAGAAGGUCUCAGGUUCAAUUCAUGACAUCUCCAGAUGAGGCUCGAAAUGUCUCCAGUGUGAAACCCUAGAGACAGCUGCUGUGCUGGAUCAAUGAAUGAAGUGACUUACUGCCCCGGUUUGGUGUGGGGAAGUAGGGUUUUUUCUGAACCCCCUGGCUGUGUCCUUCUGUUGGAGGACAGAGUGGUGUAUAGGGAUGGAGAAAUCUAUCUACUUUCUCUCAGUUUCUCAUUGUCCCAGUUUUAAGUACAGUUCUCCACAUUUCCACAUCAGCUCACAAUUUUAUUUUGAAGUCCUCAUGAAAAUUCACCAGCAUUUUAAUGCACAUUUUUCCAAAUAUGCAUGUUUGUUUGCAGUUUCGCCUAAUAUAUACAUUUUUUUGCAAAUCUAUUUCCCCUAAUGUAAUUCACCUUUGUAUGUUACUUUCCGUAAUGCAGGCACAUAAGUCCAUUUUGGCUCAACUGAAGAAGACGAAAAAAGAUGUUUCAACUGCCUGAUCAGUUAGAUAUAGAAAUAACUUUUUAAAAGUCCCAUGCAUUUCAGUGGAAAUGAAAUUUAAGCAGACUGCUAUCCCAACGCCAAAGUGCUUAACUUUGGCUAGAUUUCCAAAUAAUAGUUGGGCAGAUGACAAGCCCUCACACUUUCUAGAUUCGCUUAGAAUUUAUAUGCCACUUCCCCACAAACAAUGCUCCUCAAAAGCAGCUCACAAUACAUAUAAUCAACCAAAAUUGAUACUCCUCACUUCCUUGAGCAUCAAUAAGACCCAAGGGCCGGUUUCAUUUGGAGGAGAGAGUGCUGGAGAUUCAUGGCAUUUUUGCAAUACUUUGUGCUGUACAGUGGUACCUCGGGUUACAUACGCUUCAGGUUACAUACGCUUCCAGUUACAGAUUCCGCUAACCCAGAAAUAGUACCUCGGUUUAAGAACUUUGCUUCAGGAUGAGAACAGAAAUCGUGCUCCGGCGGCACGGCAGCAGUAGGAGGCCCCAUUAGCUAAAGUGGUGCUUCAGGUUAAGAACAGUUUCAGGUUAAGAACGGACCUCCAGAACGAAUUAAGUAAUUAACCCGAGGUACCACUGUAUAUAACUACAGCCCUCCAGACUUCUUUGUCUAGCUCCAGGCCAAAAAUCCUCUCUGGACUGCACCUCUGAUUUCCACGCUGCCACCCUCACUGCACCAUCCUUUCAAGUCCUACUAAUAAUACAGGUUGCCUCUGAAUUACACAAAUGCUUUAUGCCUUCCUGUAUCAGAACUCGGGUGAAGGAAAAAGAUAUAUUUAUUUAUUUCAUGAAAUUCAUAUACUGUCUGAUUAUUUAAAAAAACAACCUAAAAGUGAUUUACAAAAGCAACAAAACAAUCAGGUUAUCAGUAAAGACCGUUCAAAAGACUCAAACAAUCAAAUGAUAACAAUUAAACUCAGUGCUAAACUAAAAACAGAUUAAAACACGUGUCAAUGUUUUAUAUAUCUUAGUAGGCUUGCUUAAACAAAAAAUGUGGGGGGGGUUUUGAAGGUAGCAAAAAGAGUACAGUAUAAUGAAGGCACCUGUCUGGUGGCAAUAGACAGGUGGGUGCUGUCGCACAAAAGUGGGGAAGCCGCCACACGAAAAAAGGCUGGUUUUUUGUAUCAGUGCUGCAUCUGCCCUCAGUUGCUCCAAGGGACGUGGAGUGGUGGAGACAUCCAAGAUGGUGGCUUAAUUUUUCAAAGCACAUGCCAGCUCCUCUCCCAGCACAUUAAUGUGCCCCAAUCCAGCAUGUAAUUUGAUAAUUGUUGCCUCAAGAUGUAUCCUCAAGCUCCUGGUAUGUUCUUCAUGGCUUGGUUUUCCUGUGUUUCUUCUUUUCUAGCGCUGCUAGGAUCCUAAUAUAGGUUUUAAUGCAGUACAGAAUGAUCACAUCCAAGAGCCCUCGUUAGUGUAUGUAUUUAUAUGGGCAGGGUAGCUCUCAGUCCUUGAUAAAGCUGCGGUCCUUUGCUCUAAAUAAGUUGCAUUAAGUGUCUGGAAAUAUAAAUGAACAUUUUUUGUUGGUUUCUGAACUCUUAACCUCCAUCCUUUCAAGUCCUAAUAAUAAUACAGGUUGCCUCUGAAUUACACAAAUGCACUUUUGUGGUUUCUUGAAGGAGUGGGAUAUAUUAUCCUGAUAACAUAUGACCCCUUUUAGGCGUUAUCACAUCUAAUCCAUAAUGCACUGGAAAUCUGCCGGUGCAUUAGGCCGACAAGGAUGGAGAGCAGAUGAUUAAUGCACUAGGAAAGAUUACUCGGGGGGGGGGGGGGCAGGCAGAGAGCAAGCUCAGUGUAGAUUUACCACCCAGCACCACCUGCUGGUUAGCCCAUAUGUUUGCUUUUAGAAAUAAGAAUACAAUAGAAUAAUGGAAAGGGGAAGAGAACAAUACAGAGAAGGCAAAGAUAGAAGAAAGAGUGAGAAGUGAGAAAAAGUGAGACAGGCUUACGGAAAAGGGCAUAUUAAAGACAGAAAAGGCAGGUUAGUGACAUGGUGGAAGAAUAUAAAAUUACGCAUGGUGCAUAAAAAGUGGACGGAGAAAAGUUUUUCUCUUGGCAUAACACUAGAAUCCAGGACAUCCAACGAAGCUGAAUAUUGGAAGAUUAAGGACAGACAAAAGAAAGUACUUCUUCACACAGUGCAUAGGUAAACUGUGGAACUCACUGCCACAAGAGGCAGUGGUGGCCACAAACUUGGAUGGCUUUAAAAGAGGGUUAGGUAAAUUUUGGAGGAGGAGGCUAUCAAUGGCUGCUAGUCAUGUUCUGCUUCUGCUGUUGGGGGCUGCAUGCUGCUGAAUGUUGGUUGCUGGGAGUCACAAGUGGGGAGAGCCCAGUUGCACUCAGGUCCUGCUUUGGGGCUUCCCACCGGCAUCUGAUUGGCCCCUAUGAGAACAGGAACUUACUAGAUGGACCUUUGGCCUGAUCCAACAGGAUUCUUCCUAUGUUCUUAAGGUCUCAUGUUUCAGGUGGUGUUAGAGGCUGACCCUACUAUGAUUAAAGCCCACCAGUUUAAAGCAAACUUGGACUCCAUUGCACACUCCUUGCUGUGCUCCCAACGGUAGAAGUAUGUUCUGGAUCUGCUCUUCCUGAGUUAUUCUGGAGGACGUGCAGGAAUGCUGCUGCUGCUGCGCUACCCCAUGCAUCAGCUGUUAGGCAGGGAGGCUGAGCAGCCCAAACAAAGCCCCGCUGAGUCUCCAAUCUCUUUGGGGCUUCCUCCGCCCUCAGGGACGCCCUCUUUGGGCUCUGGGUGGGGGUGUCUUCUUGCAAGCCCCACAGACUCUCUCGCUCUCUCCCACCAUUUCCUGGUAUGGUUCUGUUUAUUUAUUUAUUUCAUGGUGCCAUACGUAUACGUGAUCACAUGCGAGUCGACCACGCAUAAGUGGGGGCCCGCAUCUGUACUGCAUGAUGCGUCACAUGUACACACAUUCCACAUACAGAAGGAUGACAAGCAAACUUAGCAGGUCAGGCUAUGUAGUACACUCAGUUUUCUUCCCCCAGCAACUUGCUGCGACCUCCAGCAACCGCUGCCUGAGGGGGCCACUGCACUCUGUCUAAUUGUAGGGCUGGUCUGAAUGCAGAGUUAAAAAAAAUAUAUCAGCUGCUUGCAGAAAAAGACUGCCCAUAGAUUGUUCCAUUCUCCUGCCUCACAUAAUUCCUCUUGCUGAUCUCCCUGUCAGGCAGAUCACGUGGACAGGCAGCAACUUGAGAAACGGUUCAGGGAGCAUUGCAUUAAGGUUUCUAUGGUGCAAGUGCCAUGAAAAGCAUCACUCAUUUCAGAAUGGGUCAAGAGUUUAUAGACUGGGUAUAUCUUGAUUUUCCAGUUGUGUAAGAAACAUAUAUCUCUCUGCUUGACAACAGGUACAUUCCAAGGCAAGCCCAUGCCUUUCGCUGGAGAUAUUCUCACUUUCACAUUUGCCCACCAAAGAGGUAAAAGGGAUAUAUUUCAUUCGACCAACUGGUGUGUGUGCUCUUAAAAAACAACCUUAGAAAUAGUUGAAGUGUAUGAGGAUUUUCAGGAGUAGAUAUUCACAGUACAAAAUAAAGGCAAAACAGGUUCAUACAGGUCCCUAGCUAUUAUUGUUUGGCAACUUUGUGAGGGGGCUGCAGUGUUGAUUACAUUUUCUGUAGUCCAAACCAAAGAUAUAAUUAAAAGUGUGACAUAUCUUGCCUCAGUGGCCAAAAAUGCAGCAAUUAAGGGCCCACCAGAAUGACAGAUCUUUAGGCAAACUGCCCAUAAUUUCUAUGUCACAUCUUUGCAAGCAAGGAAAUGUUCCACUUUUGCAGAAGGCAUUAAAGAAUUGUCUAUUUUUCUGUAACUAUAGGGAUUGAAUGUAAAACAUCCCAAAAAAACCAUCUGAAUAAAACAAAGAGGCAUAUCAGAUGUCUAUAUGGGAAUCCCACAAACAGGCCAUAAAGGCAACAUCCUUCUCCAAAAGCUACGUGUAUCUUCAUUUCCCCCUGAUAAAGAUACCAUCAUAAUGCAUAAGAAAGGCCAUGUUUCAACAGGCCAAAAUCCCAUCUAGUCCAGUACCCUGUUCUCACAGUGGCCAACCAUAAAAUCAUAGAGAUGGAAGAGACCCCAAGAGGUCAUCUGAUCCAAACCCCCGUAAUGCAGGAAUCAUGGCUGAAGAAUCCAUGACAGGUUGCCAUCCAACCUCUGUUGAAAAACCUCCCACGAAUGAAAGCCUGCCACCUUCUGAGGCCAUUGAAUUGUAGGGUUGGAAGGGAACCCCAAGUCCAACCCCCUGCAGCUAAGGCAAGUCCCAGUGUGGUGUAGUGGUUAAGAGUGGUGGACUCGUAAUCUGGUGAACUGGGCUCGCGUCUCCGCUCCUCCACAUGCAGCUGCUGGGUGACCUUGGGCCAGUCACACUUCUUUGAAGUCUCUCAGCCCCACUCACCUCACAGAGUGUUUGUUGUGGGGGAGGAAGGGAAAGGAGAUAGUUAGCCGCUUUGAGACUCCUUAGGGUAGUGAUAAAGCGGGAUAUCAAAUCCAAACUCUUCUUCUCCUGGGAUGCUUGCAAGCGGAGCCUGAAUGCAAUAGCGUUCUCCCCGCUUGUGGGCCCCAGCAACUUACAUUUAGAGGCAGACUGCAUUCAGAGGCAAUGGAAACAGCAGCAGCCCUUUUUGGUAAUUUUGGUAAAAGUUGUGGUCAAAACAUGCCAAGCAACUUCCAUAGAUAAAUUGUAGCUUUCAAGCUACUUCCUUCUUUUGAAAGAACUGGUUUUAAAAAUAAAUAUUCUUAAGUAGUUCUCAAGAUGACAUGCUAGGACGUCUUAAUAGUCACAGGUAGUCACUAGAUCAUCACAGGGUCCUCUCAGCAUGAGAAAAGGACCUACCCCAAAAUUUCUGCUCUCUUCUGCACAAAUCCAUUACUCUUUUGUUCUGGAUGAAACAUUGAUCUUGGACCUAAAUUUCACAGAAAAGCUCUUCAAAUUGGGACCAUAACUGUGGGUAAGACGGGAACUACUUGAACCUCAGAUGUAAAGGCCAUUUAUGUUUCUUAGACUUGGCUCUUAGUAUUUUGGGGCAUAAGGCAUGCAAUCCUGGGAAACUAGUUACCUUUACACUUUUAUAUUUGUAAGAAUAAUUAUGCACUUAUUCCUGUGCUUCCCUACUUCUCUUCAAUUUUUAAUACAUGCCUCCCCCUCCGCUUCCUGCUAACCUACUUUUAAUUUCAGGGUCUUUCUAAUUUGAUUUCUUUUCCUACCUUAAGCACUGUUGGCGAGGAAUCCGCUGUGGUUGCUAAAUAGGAGUGAGUCAAAUAUAUAGAGCUUCUGUGUCCUGGUUUUUAAAAUAAUUAUUCUAAGUAAUCCUCCUUGUACACAUGACACUUCUCAUCUUGGAAAGGGUUUCCCCUGGGAGCUACUGUAUAGGAAACUGCAUUAGCAAGUCGCAAGAGCUUCUGCAAAGCAGUUUUUAGGCUCAUGUUCAUUUGAAGUUACUUUAACAUCAAGAAAAUGGGGCUUCAUCAAGCAAAGAAAAAAAAUAUUUCUUAAUGCCACCUCUCAGCAUUGCUAAGCAUCAAUCAAUAUCAAUCAGUGUUCAAGCUGAUAUCAGUUUCACACAUUUUCAUUUAUAAGUGAAUGCCAGUUUCACACAUAUUCAUUCAUUUCAUCCUAUUUCUGUAUCAAUCUGAGAAUCUUUGUAAAAUCAUUCACAUUAAAAUUCUUAUUUUUACUGUGUUUUCCCACAAAAUGUGCACUUAUUUUACUCAUUUUACUAUAAAAUACACUUGAUAUGCAUUUUAGCCUAAAUUAUGUACUUUCAUACCAUCCUAAAAUAAAAAUGCACAUUUUAUAUGCAUUUUGUUUUUUGUUAUUUUUUGAGCUGGGAAUUGAAUUGCAAAAUUCAGAGAUGGAUGAAAACCAAAAAGCAAUGGUGCUCCAAUCCACACAUUAGCCCAGGAACUGCAAAUCAGGCUGCUUCACUUAAAAGUGAAAUCUGAAUGAAAUCCUCAAGCAGCCCCACUGGCAAUGACAUCAUUUGGGGCUUGUCCACAAAUCAUCAUCAUCAUCAUCAUCACCUACCCAUUUCUACUUGUUAUUCCCAAUCAACAAUAUGGGGGUGAUAAAGAUUCCUCUGACCGUUAUGUGCCGUAUUAGCCUGAAUAUAAGCCGCACCCGAAUAUAAGCCGCAUCUUUAAAAUUCAAGGGGGGGGGGAGAAAAAAAGACAAUAAAAAGACAAUGUACCAUAUUGGCCUGAAUAUAAGCCGCUCCCUUAAAAUUCCACAGGCAUUGACACCCAUUCCAUUUUAUCGUAUGUCUCUUUCAGCAGUGAUAUUGUAAAAGCCAGUUUUGGUAAGGUCCCUAAUUUAAGCCGUACUUUAACUUUUCACAGUCAGAAUUUGGGGGGAAAGGGCAGCUUAUAUUCAGGCCAAUACGGUACAUUGUGUGUCUACCAAACCAAUCAACUACCCAUUGACAUCUAUGUCUGAUGUUCCUCUACACAAGGGCUUGGUUAACUGUCCUGUUCUCCUAACACCCUUAACAAACUGCAGUUCCCAGGACUCUUUGGAGAGGCCAUGACUAUUAAGAAGUUGUGUAGGAGUGAUUUCAACUUACGGUGUGGCUAUGACCCCAAUUCCUCAAAAUAGUGAGCAAGCUUUCAAGAUAUCCAGAGCUCUUUAUCAGGCUGGUAGUUAAGCAAAGGUGUGGGGGUGGGGGUGUGUGGCCAGCUUGGUGUUAAAACCACAACGUCUCCUUUGAUCUGCAUUAAGAGGAGCAUCCUUAAUAGGGUAGGCUUUCCUAGGUGCUACAUGGUAGGUUUAAAAAAAAUAUGGAGGUAGCAGAGUUCGAGGAGGCUUUGCGGAGUGUGUACUUGAUCUGACAGGCAAAGUUUCUGAAGGUUCCAAGCAACCAGACAGCUGAGAAGCAGAAUUGUGUUUCAAUGUCAGCCAAAGGACAAGGGGGAGAGAGAGUGUGUGCACAUCCACAAGAAAUCUCCCCCCUCUGAGACUUUUGCAGGCCUGCUCCUCUCGUUCAAGAACAGUUGGCGUUGUCUCUUGUGGGCCACAGCAGGGAGACAGGUUGGUCUCAAAUAACUGUGCCGCGAAAGGCAUGUGUCGUCCUCAUUCUUUGCUCAUGCUGAGGUUUCCGCUUAAUCUGCCUUUAUUCACAGUGCGAGCUAUCCAGUGUGUGCAACCUGUCCUAGCCGUUCCUGGAGGUGAACCCCCACUUACACCAGCUGAGGAGAUUAAUUCAUAUUUUGGGCGGGUGAGACUUAGUUACUAAGACACCAUCUCUGUAGACACAGCACACGGGAAAUGGCUUUACCCUAUAGGACUGUAAGUGCUAUUAGAAAAGUGCCCACAUCCAAACCAGUGAAGCAUGUGGGAUUUUGGAGAUAUAUAGCCUAUGCACUUAAAGUAGUAAAAAAUAAUAAUAAAAGCAGCUUUUUCAGACUACCUUUAAAGUAAAAUGGAAGCAUUGUUUUUGCGAUAUGUGCAAGGGCAUGUCCCAAGAUGAGACACCGGCCUGUGGAAUGGGUUCAAGUAGGCCACAACGUUAUUGGCGACAAGUGUGUGGGGUUGGCAUGGCAACCUGCCCGCUGUUUGAAACCACAACCAGCUCUCCUAGCGGACACACUCCUUGAGAGUUGCCUACACAGCAGCCCCCAUUGUGGUGCAGACCAAGCAUUUGGGAACCAGCUAGCAGCCUGAGGUGAGCGACGUUUGGCCGGGCUGCCCUAAGUGAGGACUGUGGCCUGUUGUUGUGGCACUUCUUCAAUCGAUGAUCCUGCCCAAAGGCGUUUUCCACCACCGUUGUGACAGGAAAUGUAACCCCUCACAGUAACAUGUUUCCAUUUACUAAAGGAAAGUCGAAAACCUCCUGAUUUUACUCCCAGCCAGUUGUAGCUGGACAUAAAAAUCCGUUCUGGCCUUGACAAUCCAUGAUGAAUGACAUCCAAGGUAAAGGUCUGAAACCGAGGGUGGGUGAAGAAAUCCCCACAGAGAAAGGCUAUGGUUGAUGGGUGCCAGCUCUUUUAAAAACAAUGCCAGCUUGCCACUUGUGGGCGAUUGAAUCUGGGACCUUCUGCAUGCGAAGCAGGUGUUCUGGCACCAAGCUGCAGUCCUACCCCAUAAUUUUCCAGGCCACUUUACUUGCUUGCUUAUUGUGUUUACAGCCCACCUUUUUCCCCAAGAAGCUCAAGGGGGCACACGCGGUUCUUCCCAUCCUCACAACGACCCUCUGAGGUAGGUUAGGCUGAGAGGCCCAAGGCCUCCCAACGAGCUUCAUGGCCAAGUGUGGAUUUGAACUUCUGUCUCUCAGGUCCUAGUCUGACACUCUAACCACCACGCAGAACUGGUUCUCAUAGUUAAGCAUAGGAACCACCUUAUACUGAGCCAGGCCACUGACCUACCUAGCCUUGCAGUGCACUGUCCACUCCAGCUGGCCGUGGCUCCCUGGUCUCAGGCAUAAAUCCUUCCCAACUUCGCUUCCUGAGAUCAGUUUAACUAGAAAUGCCAGGAUUGGCACCUCCUGCAUGCGAAGCAUUCGCUUUACCGCUGAGCUUCUCAUUGAUGACGCUCCGAGGGGUUAAGCACAUGCUUAACUCUCUGACUGAGCUCGGUUGAAUGUAGAAGUGCUUAAUUUUGGCUCAGUUGCACCUGUUGUCUUUGUAAGAGCAUGCUUGGUUAUCGCAGGCUAUAGCAUAUCCAGAAAUGUAUAAAUAUAAAUUAAAAAGGAAUCUGAAUCUGCAUUAAUGCUGAAGUGCCCCGAUGAUCCCCCCUGCUCACCACCCAGCAAGGUUAUUUGCAACAGUAUCUGGGACAUGAAUCUUUGCGUGCUUUUGCACACACCCAUCCCAUCCCAGGUCAUGCUGAAACCUAACACACUGAAUACUGGGCUCGCACAGAGUGUCAGUGUCCUGUUUUUAAUGGUCGUGGCUGACCCAGGUCAGGUUUAGGUCAGCCAGGAGGAGGCAAUGCACAGCAGCCUCCUGGAGCUUGCAUCUUGGCACUCUACUGUUCUUUUUAGCAGGGAACUUAAGAAGUGAACUUUGGGUGCUUCCAGAUGAUCUGUUGAUUGAUCUUCCACCCUGAUUUGUUUGCAGGGAAAUUAGGUGGCUGUUGGCUAUUUAAUGAGCAUUUAUUCUGAUUUGUUUGUGUGGAGGUUAGUUGAUGUUGCAUCAAAGCAUGAGAGUUUUGCGCAAGCAGCCCCACAAGCACCCUUCAGAACUGCUCCAGCAGGUUGGAGAACCCUUUUGAUCAGGUUUGGGGAUCAUGUUAGAGACUUGGGGGGUGGAAUGGGCAGACCCUGGUCUUAUUUCAUAAGUAGGGAGGCAUCAUUGGAUACCACCUACUCUUGACACUACAGACUUGCCUAAUGAAGAUACAGUGGUACCUUGGUUCACAAACUUAAUCCGUUCCGGAAGUCCAUUCUUAAACCAAGGCGUGCGUUCCCAUAGCAGUGGGGGACUCAAUUUACAAAUGGAACACACUCAACAGGAAGCGAAACAUGUUCUUAUUCCAAGGCAAAGUUCACAAACCAAAACACCUACUUCCGGGUUUGCAGUGUUCUUAAUCCAAGUUGUUCAUAAACGAAGCUCUUCUUAAACCAAGGUACCACUGUACAGACAAACAACCUAUUUUUGUGUUUUUAUUUAUUUUGAGUAUUUAUAUGCUCUUCAUCAAAAAUAAAUUCCCAGGGUACUUUAUAGUAAGGAUAAAAACGUAAGGAAUAUACUAAAAUGUAUAUAAUAAUGAAAACCUAAAAUAUCAGCUGGUAGAGCAGCAUAAAAUUAACUAGGGGGAAAUGUUACAUUAUAGAAAACCCUUAAAUAUUUUUAUAAAAAACUUGUAGGCCAAAUAUACAUCUUUCCCAUGAAAGAUUAAGGUAGCAUUAAAGGCAUUUCAUCAAGUCAGCCGUGUUUUAAAUUUGUCCCAAUGAGUGAUCUGCAUAAUUGAGAAAAGGAUACCAGGUGGUAUAGAAUAUUUCUUGCAAACUCUGCCCUUCUGCUUUCUUCAUUUGCUUGAGCAAACUUUUCCAUUACAAUGUGAUCCCAGAGGCAUUUAAACCAGAUGGCAAUACUGGGAUUUGAUGAGCUUUCCCAGUUGCUUGCUGCUGCUGUAGCUCUAAGGAAAGUCAGAUGAAGCCUUUGUGCAGGAUAUGCAGCCGAUUUUGUUGUAGUUUGGCAAGUGACAGGGAAAAUGUGGGAUGAGCAAAUGACUAGCAGGAAGACGUGUAAACACCCCACAAGCAAGUCAGGAUGAAUGCAGGGUGGAUGCUCAUUGUUGUUAAACUACCCCAGUAACAUCAGAAUGGUUGAUCAGUAAUGGCUAACCACCAUGUAAGCUUUGUGCAGCAAAUCAGGAAGUCACCUGGAGUGGUCACCUGGUGCAGCCUCUUAUUAGACCAAACCAAGUGUCACAAAAUAGUGUGCAAGCUCUGAGUUCAAGGAACUCCUCAUCAGGUUAGAUGGUAGACAGAGCUGAUGGGUCGGUGGAGAAAAAUUGACCAAGGUGAAGCUAUGGAGUUUGCAUCUGGUAAGCAAGAUAGAAUACAGGGGGAAGAGGUUGAAGGCACUGAAACGAGGCUCUGCUGGGUGCUGUGUAGAUUUCAGGCUGCCCUCCCAGGGCUGCAGGGAUGGAGCAUGCAAUGCUUGUUUUCUCCAGAUCAUAAAUUAUAAAACCCAGCUGUCUCCAUCCUUUGGUGAAACACGGGUUCCUUGUAGGGGAAAUACAUCUUUGGGACUUCCUUAAAGAUGGGGCCUGGAUACGGUACACCCCCAAUACUCCCUAGAAGGCUAAAAAAAAAUUAGACUUGCUGUUUUUACAUUUGUCUGCAAUCCCAAUUACAAUAUCAGGGGAGUGUGAUGGAAGGAUGAGAAACAAUUAAUUGGCAUUUGAUUCUGAUGGAAUGACUGUGUGCCUUUUGAAGUGUUCCAAGGAAGCCAUAAAGCUGUCCACUGGCAUCCUUUUGCCGUGAUUUACCUGCACUUUAAACGUUGUGCGCUGCAGGGCCGAAGCCAAGACCUCAUUCUUGUCCUUUAUUCCAUGUUGUUUCUUGGGAAGGGAAUAUGUCAGCAGGGGCAUCUAUUAACAGUUUGAAUGUUGUCUGUUAAGCUCGGAUUUGGAAACAAAUCUUUGUCUCCAGUUUGAUCACUAUUAGCAGCCUCUUCUAUCCCGUUGCCUCCCUGCCCAGUUUCCUGGGGACAACAUUGAAAAAGCACAUCUGGGAAGUGUGUAGCUUUGUGAAAUCUCAAACAAAAGACUCCCUAGUAAAAUGAGAAGUUUUAACAUUUGAGCUUCAGUUUUGCACAUUUAGAACAUGGGAAGGAAAACCACUUAGUGAAUAAUAUUGCCAUUUUGGGGAGGCUUGUUUUUUUCAUAGUCAGGAUCUAGCCUGAGCAAGUAUUAGUUGGUAUGUUUUAAAUUAGAGAGGUGUUACUGAUUUUUGCCUUGGAUUUUAUUUUUGUUUUAAACUAGUUUAUAUGAUAAAUGUUUGAAAUCAUUUGAGACGUUUAUUUGAUUAUGAACCACUCUGAGGACUUCAUCUGGGAAGUGAUCUACAAAUUUAAUAAACAGUUAAAUAAAGAAAAAGUGUGGUAUUUUCCUAACUUGCAAUAACUCUUUGUGGGAGGUUACUGGCACACAUAUUUCAGGAAACGGGUACGGGUGGAAAUGUUAACAGAAUGCAGUCAAUGCAGUUGGAUUGUACCACCUGUUCUUGGUGCAGAGCUUCAAAUUUGCUCCACUUCGCAGACUCAGCCCUUAUUUAAGCAGUCUGGGGCACAACUGAUCUCUGUGUGCAUCUGUUACAAGACUGGAGGUUAAAUAAGAGAGGGUUUAUGUGUUAGACUUGCUGGUCAGGUGUGGCUAGACACAUCCUUCUGCUAUGUAAACAACAGGUGAUAUGUUGCCAUGGGAAUGAAAAAUGUGUCAAGAAUUACUUCUUGAUACAGGGCCAUUUACAGGAUGAAAGAUUGAAAGUUGGAAUUUAACACUAGCUUACUAGCAGUGCACUUUCAUUGGAGUGUUAAAUUCUGUUUAAACUACCAUAUUUUUAAAAAAAUCUUACCUUUCAGUUAAAGAACUAAGUAUCAGAAAAUGGAAAGCAUUGCAAGAGAAUAUCAGAAGAUGUAUUAUGUUUAAAAAUGUCAUGACUGUUAAUACAGUACAGUAUUUUGGCUUUGAGGCUUUUGAACAUUGAGAUUGGCAAACCCAGAGCUUUUGAACAGCUCAGUUGUGAAUACCUUGCUGAUGUAAAUGGCCUUCUUGAUGCCAAUGAGUAUAUCAAUUUAUAUGUAUUUAUAUGCUUUCCGUAAUAUGCUUAAUGUGGUUUACAUCAAUACUUGUUGCAAAUCCUAAAACAUGUCAGAUUUCUGAAAUAUGUGUGUAUUCAUAUACAGUAUUUUAAAUACAGGUUAGUGGCAGAUAAAGUUGUGGGGGGGAAUCAAGAUUUGGUGACAUUCAGUGGCAGAUGUGUUUUAGAAAUAUGGAUUCCCCAUUUUUCUGUUAAGCUAAGAAAUAGGAACAGCUUUUGCAAAAAAGGGGGCUGUUUUGCAUUCUUUCUUCUCUUGCCUUUUGGCUCAAGUUGUAGUGGUGACCUCAGUCAGUGCUGAACAAAUUCUGUAUCUCUAGCUUUCAGAAAACAGUGUGAUUGUACAAUCAUAAAGUGCCUGGACUCCUGCACCCAGUGGAUGGGAUGCCUUUUUUGUUCCCUGUGUGUGAAUUGCCUGGGUGUCUUUCUGUGUUUUAUUUGGAAUCCCACAGCAACUUGCUUGGAAUUAAUGGCUUUUUAAUAAAGUGCCUCCACAGCUAGUCUCUGCCAGCAGACACACUCAAAGAGGGUUAUUUAUCAUUCACAUGAUCCCUGUCUUUCUGUCUCGUGCUCUCCUGUUGCCCUUUUGUUUCUUCCCUCGCUGCCUAAAGACCUCAAAGCGGGCAAUGACACUGGUAACUAGGGAUGUAAGAAGGCAUUGAUUCCCUUCCUGCCCCAUAUUUGUCAGAUGCUGCCCUGUUUCUGUUCCUCUGCAGUUUGGCUUCCAACAAAAAAAACCCUUUAUUCGUCUCACUGUCUGCUAUGGUGAAAUUUUGCACAAUUAAUUACGUUAUCAUUACAUUGUUCCACAUCAUUGGUUUCAUUGCAAAGGAAACACAAUACAAAUGGGGUGGGGAGGUGAGUAAUCAAUUACGUAUUGUCACGUAUCAUCUGCAGAUUGUAAACAACAGCAGUGAUGUAUUAACUGGAUUUUUUUCUGUUCUGAACAUGGGAUGAGCAAGUGAGCAUCAGCAGUUUCCACUCCCAGUAACCUAGGGGAUAUGAGCAACCUAUGAUAUAUAUUUGUUUAUGAUAGCUGCUUCCAGAAGGGUAGUCGUGUUAGUCAGUUGCUACAAAAGGAGCAGUCUUGUGGGGCUUAAAGGCUAACAGACAGAGGCUCAAACGAAACCAGUGACCCCACACACAAUGUCCAUUGGUGCCCACCAGUAUCUCCUGUGCCAUAGGGCCUUUGCUGCCCAUGAAAGGUCUCUGCAAAUAUUCCUUCAAAAACCCACAAUGGAUGCAACCCAACAUUUUCAUUAGUUUAUUUUUUAAAAUCUUAAAAAAAUAUUUUUCUUUAUUGAGCCCCUGAGUUCCCUCCCUCUUUUUUUGUUCUGUUCUUUUGAGGUCUCCUUGUCCUCCACCCCAUUCCAUACCCUAUUGCUCCAAUGAAAAUAGGGAUGUCCAGAACGAAUUAAGUACUUAACCUGAGGUACCACUGUAAUACUUUUCUUCUUUAUACCCUGCCCAUCUGACUGGGUUGUACCAGCCAGUCUUGGUGGCUUCCAACAUAUAUAAAAACAUAAUAAAACAUAAAACAUUUUAAAACUUCCCUAUACAGGGUUGCCUUCAGAUGUCUUCUAAAAGUCAGAUAGUUGUUUAUUUCCGUGACAUCUAAAGGUUGUCUAGUUACUUAUCUUUUUAGCUCGGGGACCACAUGAUUCUAUACCCUUCAAAAUUUAUCUGAUGAAAAUAGGGAUGUCCUAAGGAAAAGCGGGAUAUCCCAGGAUCAAAUCAGGAACCAGGAUGGCUUCUGUAAAUCCAGGAUUGUCCCUGGAAAAUAGGGACACUUAGAGGGUCUGCUUCUUAGCUACAGCAACAGGUUCUGGGGUCCAGGGAGUAAAGCAGCUGUGCUUUUCUUGGUUUGGCUUCACAUUCCUUGCAAGCUGAGCUGGUAUGUCUGAACAAAUUUCAGUCUUGCCUUUUAGCACAGCAUUUUCCAAUCUGGUGCCCUCCAGAUGUUUUGGACUGCAACUCCCAUCAUCCCUGACCAUGGACUGUACUGCCUUUGGUUUUCAAGAAGUUUGUGCUGGGGAUAAAAUGGCUGUUGGAGAGAGAAACGAUGGAGCAACAACAACAACUAAUAAGGAGACCUGCUGUAGGGAUGUAAGGAAGCAGGGUUGUUUGCUGUUUAUUCAAUCAGUAUCAAACUUUAUUUCGGUCACAGACCAGCAUAAGAUAAAAUGUACAGAUAAACUGAACACAUAAGACUUAAAGCAGGUAAGAGAUAAAGCUAGUAAUUAAAAGGGGAUUAUACAUACUUAAAAAGAUAGAAACAAGGACAAAUGGUUAAAAGCGACUAUAAGGGAGGGAGGGUGAAGGAGCACAGGUCUUGCAUUUUGCGCCUAGUUUCUGGCGCAGGCCAUCCUUUAACGAAUAUCCGGCAAGGCAGUUUGCUGUUUAUUGUAUUUGCUCUGAGCACCCAAACAGUCCAUAAGAUAGUAAGAAGCUGCAAAGACAAUUAGCCGUAAUGAGGGUGACCUCUUUUCCAGCUAGGUAAUAAUUAACCAGCAGUGACUAUUUGAAUGUGGUUGCAGUAAACCCAGUGAGGUUCUCUGGGUUGUACCCAAAAUAUUUAUUUAUCUUUAGUGGUAGUAUGAUCUUGCUCUGGCUCCCUUUCAACAACAUUUACUAUCCUGUUGGGCAGUUGGCCCAUUCAUUCCUGGCAGAUGCUGCCAGACUAGAGGUUACUCAGAGCUCCCCCCUAUGGCCACCAUGAGAACAGGAGGUAAUAACUAUUAAUUUUUUUUUUUUUAAAAAGAAGCACCAGCUUUGGAACUCUUCCUCCGGUUCAGCACAGAAAGAAAGAAAAAGAAAGGUGAGAGUAGAGAGGAAUAAUUUGUUAGUGGAGGGUGUAGAAGAAAUUCAGUUUGAAAUAGGUUAGUCUUAAGGUCACUGCUAACUUUAUCUUUUAGGGGAGGGGGGAUGUCCUCAGUGAGCCCCCCUUGCUGAAUGGCAUUGGAGGCUGCAAACUCCAAGAUAUAGUGGCUCAGCAAUUCAGUGGCCACUGAACAUUUGAAAAUAUAAAUGCCAGCAGCUGUUAAAAUGUGUCUUGAACGCUUAUGAGAAUUCACAGGUCCUUUCUGAAGCAGGGAGCAACAGGAGGAUGUUUUCUUAAUUGCAUUUUCAUCCUACUCUUCCCUCUUAAUUAUCCAGAGCUCCUCACCUGACCUUAUUGUCGCAGCAGCCUUUUGAGGUAGGUUAGGCUGAGAUAUCACGAGUGGCCCGUGGUCAACCAAUAAGCUUCAGGACCAAGUGGAGAUUUGAACUCAGGCCUCCUUGGUCUUCCUAGCCCAACUCUCUACCCACUACACCACACUGACUUUGUGAUCUUUUGGACUGGGUAUUUAUUAUGUUCUCUGACAGCCACAUUGCCCACCCCACCUUUCCUCCAUUUUAAACGUUUAAAUCAGAGAAGGUAGAAUCUGAAGAUCUGAAUCUUUAAUGAUGGGCACCAACUUGCUGCUUUUUUUAAAGGAUUACUGUAGACAAAUUGAUGGAGGAUAUGGUUACCAAUGUCUACAGGAUGUGAUGGCUAUGCUGUACCUCCCCUGUUGGAGGCAGUAUGCCUCUGAACACCAGCUGCUGGGGAUCACAAGUGGGAGAGAGUCUGAUUGUGCCCUGCUGGUGGAGUUCCUGGUGCUCUUCUACUUGAAUCCUGCUUCCUUGCUUCCCACAGGUAUCUGGUUGGCCGCAUUUAGAACAGGCUGCUGGACUAGAGGGGCCUCUGGUCUGAUCCAGUAGGGGUCUUUUUACGUUCUUAAGAUAAUCUUCUUCUCUGAAGUGUCAUGACCAUUUUCUUUCUCCUCCUCUAGCCAUCCAUUCCUGGCUCCAGGUUGGAAAACAUCAUCAACAUCAAUCAUUACGCCACCAAGAAAAGCGUGGCUGAGAGCAUGCUGGAUGUGGCGCUCUUCAUGGCCAACGCUGCGCAACUGAAGGCAGUGCUGGAGCAGGGGACGUCCUUCCAAUAUUAUGCUGUCCUGACUGCUCUCAUCACCAUUUCUCUCUUCUUCCAAACUGCCAUUGGGAUUCUCCUGAUCAUUAUAGGUAAGCAUCUUUCUGUAGACCUCUUUGCUUCUUUCAAAAGUUCAUUCCAGGGAUCAUCAUAUGAGGAAAGAGUGAUACACAGCCCAGUGCUCCAGGGCUUUUCACAGAACAGUUCAGGUGUUACUUUGAGUCAUUUACCAGAUUUCAAACACUGCCAUGUGAUUUGGAAGCUGGGGUGGGACUGCUCAGUGGUAGAGAAUCUGCCUGGCUGAACAAACUUGCUCUCCCAAAAUAUGGACACCGCCCCCCGUAAGGAGAGUGGUGGGGAAAUGCCUUGGAAAGUGAAGGUAACAUUUACUUUGAUGCAACGUCAUCUAACCUCCCCACAAAUAAAUCAGAAAAUUGCUCAUAAGAUAGCGAGCGUAAUCUAGUCUUGCAAGUAAUUUUAAAGUUAGAAUUAAAAGUAAGGACCAGGAACCUAUGUAGUUUUCUCAAGGCUGUGUUGAGGGAUGCUCCGUUUGACAGGCCUCAGUUAGGAAUCUCAUUUCCAUAAUGCCCAAUGUUGCUCUUAAUCAAAAGACUUUAAAAAAAUAGCUCUUAGGAAGAAAUGUUGGAUGCUCAUUUAAUGUUUGAGCAUACACAGAGACAUUCCAGAUUAGGGCAACGACUUAACAUGAUGGCAAAAAGAGAAAUAAAUGUGUCACCAACAAAGGAGCACUGAUUUACAAUGAAAGUAAUUUAUAAAAUGUAUAGAUGAAAACUUAGAAAUAAUUACUGUAUUUUAAAUAGGGAAACAAUAGGGACCUGCUGGCCUGUGUGCCUUCUCAGCUUACUGUCCGGGUGUUCACUGUUAAUGGACAAUUUCCAGGCUCUUCUUGCUCUCCCUUCUUAGGUUUCUGCAUCUUUCAACUGGUCCUUCAGAGGAUGCUUUCGAACAGAGAGCCACCUUUUUGAAGCAGGAAACAAGGCUGCUCUACCCAAGCUGCCCUACACAACCUCUACCACCCCCGCCUGCCUAAACCCCAUCAUUUGCAGCUAUAACCCCCAUCCCAGUGUAGCCGGCCUGAUUCCCUUUCACCUCCCUUCUCCCCCGCAUUCCAUUGCUGCCCCUACAGUUAACAUACAGAGGGCUACAGUCUCCAGAGCUGUCUGGCCCGACCCCGGGUCAGCCCCACUGUCCCCUUACAUGAUAAGACUUACAUGAUAAACACAGGCCUGUCUUUCUCCGCUUGUGAGUUUGGCAUUGAAAGGAAUGGCGGAGGUCGUGAACUUGGGCUACAGCUAAUGCUGCAUCAAUGGAAUCUCUUCUCUCGUUAUGGGGCCUGACCGCAAACAUUCCUCAGCAUCCGCAGCUGCUGUUGGCCUCCAGCCUCUGGCUUGCCCUAGAGAACCAAAGCCAUCUAAAAAUGGAAAUAUCUGGUGUGUGUCUCAUAGUCAUCUGCUUCAAGCUUUUGCCAGCUUGGCUAGGCCUGAUGGGAGUUAUAGUCCAGAACUGCUGGAGGGCACCAGAUUCGCAAAGGCUGGAUGUAGUCUGCUUUAUUAAAAAAAAUUUAAAAUGGUCCUAGCCAUUUUGGAUGGUUGCCUUUGGUUUUAGAGUUAGCCCACACUGAAGAGGUGGCUGCAUCUAAGGCAUUGCACAAAGCAACAGACCACAGCAGGUUUUCCUCAAUUUGGUGCCCUCUAGAUGGCUUGGACUACAAUUCCUAGCCGCCACAGCAUCAUACAGCUGAGCUCACUAGAACUAAUGGGAGAUGUAGUCCAAAACACCAGGGUGUGGACACCAGGCUAGAGAAGGCUGUAAGAAAACCACUUUUUGCCACUGAGCACAGCAAGUCCUGGCUCUGUGAAGAGUGUAACCUGGACAAUAAACAUGCUUUUCAGAACAUUUUUGGCACACUCAUGCUUGACUUUUCAGGUGUAUAUUUGUGCAUCAAUAAAGAAGGGCAGGAUUUAGCUUCCUUUUUGUGGGAGAGAUCCCUGGAAACCUGAGGGUUAUAGCCAAUUUUAAGGCUUAUCCACACCUACCUUUUGCCUUGCUCUUUCCAGGCAUAGAGCCAUGCUUAAAAGCUCCUUGUCCAAGCCUUUUUAGACUUUGGCUAGCUCUCCGCUUCCAUGUCUCUCGCCAUCCUUCCCAAACUACAGCUUCCCACUUGGAGCUAGGGUGGGGAAAAAUGGUUUUAGCUCUCCGUAUCUUCCAGAGAAAUCUCCAGGUUUUCCCCCUAGCCAUUGGCUUCUGUUGAGAGGCAUCUCCCAGGCCAUUCUUUGCCUUGAACAUGCUUUUUCCAAAUGAAAGAUGUGGCUGGCACAGCUGGAGACCGACCAUUAAAGGACAUUAGCCACCCUUUUCUCUAAACCACAGCAAUCAGGCAGAAAACUCACGGAAAUAUGAAAAGGACUUAAAGCUGUACUCAUGGGCAAAAUUAGGUCACAGAUUAUUUUUUUAUAAGUAAAUUUUCAACUCAAGGAGGCAGGCAACAUCCUAACAUUGCACCAGGCUGCAGAGCAGAGAAGGGAAGCAUAGCUAUUUCAUCUGUGGUUUAAAUGACACUUAGAUAAGAAUCUCGCUGGAAGAGUUUGACCCAGGCAUUGUUUCAUCACCACCACCACCAUCAUUUUAUUUGUAUGCUGCCUUCCAUAGUUAAAACCAUGCUCAUGGCAGCUGGCAUGGACACAUUCAUAUAAACACAAACAUAACAAAAGUAGUCAUAAAUAAAACAUCAAAAACUACACAAAGAUAACACACACACACACACACAUCAAUAUAUCAAUAAGAGCAACGAGACCCCAGCCCAAGUGUCUGUUUGGCAGCCUCAGCUUUUGUAGCUGGAGUCAAUCAAGGCUCCGCCCUCCCAGGUGGAAGGAAAGGAAUAGUGUGUAAAACUGUGUUUCCUGACCUUACCUUAUUGGAGGAAAGAAAAUAUAAGCCUAUUGAACAUUUAUGAGAAUAAUAAUAAUGGUGGUGGUGGCACACCUUCUGCAGAAUGUAGUGAGCAGAAGAGUUUUCUCUGAAUUCUGUCUUGGUUUUGUCUUUUGUUUUUCAUAGCUCGGAUGAACCUGAACGACGUGACAAAGCAGCAGCGCCUGAAUUUGCUCAACAACAUCGCCACAAUCCUAGUCUUCAUCAUAGUCAUCGUCAACAUCUUCAUUACUGCUUUUGGUGUGCAGAAGACGGGUCUCUAUCCUAGCAUUUAUGGUGGUCGGAGAAUCUACUAAGCCUUGGAAGGGUAAGAAAAGAGUGAGUCUUAUGCUUCCAGAUUGGACAGAUAAACACUCACCAUCCAUUUUUGCCUAUUUGGACAUAGGAUACUCCAUCAAUCAUUAUUCUUAGGCAGUUCAUAAGUAAUGAAGUGGGAUGAUGGCAGUUCUUCUCUCUUUCUCUCCCCCCCAAAUAUGAAAAGGGUGUUUAUCUCUAGGGAGACAGUUCCACAGCAGAGGAGUCUUAUCCUUGUCACCAUCAACAGUAAGAUGCACAACCUGCCUGAGCCUCUUGUUUUUCCUUGCAGGCUGGAGCACAUGGUAGAAGAUAGCUGGAAAGCCUUUCCGUAUAGCCUUAUUGAUCUCAGACUUGAUGAUCCAUUUAAGAUACACAACUGCCUGGGUGAACCCUAUUGCAAGUACAUCAGUUGCUCCUUGUGGGCUACUUCUGCAACAUGUUUACAGCUCUGAAGAGGUGAAUAAUUUUUCAGCUGAUCUUGACAGCAGCCUCUCCUCAUCUCAACCCAUAAUGAUGUUUAUCUCCUGUAAUGGAGUAGUGGGGAAUUUCAGGUCAGAGAGCUAAAUGCAGCCUUCCAGGCCUUUCUCGGACUCUCCCCAGGUUAGACUUCUUCCUCAGCCAAACACUCCUCUCUUCCCCAGCUUACAUCACCCACUGGCCCUACCCUGCACCCUUUUUCAGUGAGUGUGAGUGUAAGUAAAAACUAGCCUACCAUACACAUGAAAAAAAGUUCUUCUUUGUCUCUGACCCAGAAGGGACUGUAUGAAAAAUGUUCCCAACCCCUGGUUGUAAUGAGAUUCCUCUGCAAUUCAGAAGAUUGCAUUCAGCUAGAGCUUCCCAGCUCCCACCAGGAAAGGAGCAGCCCACAGUGAUUCAACUUGAUGUACUCCAUCAAUGGCAGCAGCAGUCAAUGUAAGCGACAGGGACAACAGUAUCAAAAUAAAACAUUGGAAGAGAAUUACAAAUGAGCACAAUUGAUAAGGGGCAGGUGCUAGGUCACUAGUUCAAAUUUUGUCCAAGAGGACACAAAGUUUUCAGAUGAAGACAGAUUUGCAAAGCAGGAGAAAAAAAUGAUUUAAGGCUGCAGUCCUAACCACAACUGCUAAGAAGUCAGUCCUGCUGAAUUCAGUGGGGCUUGCUGCCAGGGGAGUGGAGUUAGCAUUGCAGACCAAGCCAUCUUGUAUAAGCACACAGCAUCCACCCAGAGAAGAGGCUGCCCACUGUGUUUUUGAUUCACUGCUCUUGCUUUGCGUCCACCUGAGCAUGAAUUAGUGUGGGAUGCAUGUCUCCGGAUGAGACUUUGUUUCUGUGUUGUGUAAUGGGAUCAACUGCUCUCAGUGAUGGGAUGCAACAGAAUGACCGGCCCCAAAUAGUGACUCACACAGGAGCACAAGUUGUUGGCUCCUCUGAGGGUGGACAGUUAUUACCAUAAAAGUAAGAAUGAGAAGUGUACCUCCAGUUUUAGCUCAGAAAAGAGUCUGCCCCAGCUACUAAAACAUUGAGAAAUGCAAUUAUUAAAUGAAGAGCAUUAUGUUACCCUGAUCCAGUAAUCAGUGGUGGUGCAGAGGCUCUGAUGCAACUAGCUGAAACUCCUGUUAUUUUGCUGGAGCUCCUGAAUAGCCAAGAUUCCCAUAGUUUCUAUGUACUUAGUCCUGCUCCUCUAUGGGUGUAAAUUGUUAUGUAAAACUGCUUAGUUUUUUGCAAUUUAGCUGUAUACAAAUUCUGUUAUUUAAAUAAAAUAAAAAGUGUAUUUUGUGUGUGUGUGUGUGUGUGUACAUACACAAAAGGUAUAAAACUAGGAUUAUAGUGGAAAUACAGACCAUCAGCUUGCAUGUGGCAAAAAAUAAAUUGCAUUAUAAACCUCUGCUGGUGGCAAUAAUACUAUGCAUAGUAAUGCAAAGCAUUUUAAAGCUGUACAAGUUAACCUUGAUUUUUGUAAAAAGUGCAUUGCUCCUGAAAGUUACCCCCAUGCUGUCCUUAGCCACUCUUACAAUAUUUUAUAAAGGACUUGCAAUUUUCUCAUCCCACUUAGAACUGGUGCAUCUUUGGCAUAUUCCAACUAUUUGCUUUCUCUUUAUUUAUUAAAGUAUAUUUUAUCCAAA